AUGGAUGCGAUUGUGGAUAUAAAUAUUUUUAAGGUUUGUACACAGAACUAAUUUAUCUUUCGUCUUCUAGAGAUUUUCUUUCUUCCUUUUUUCUCUCGUGGUGUUUCUAAUUAACAGUGCUUGUCGCUUAGCGUUAAAGCGUUGACAUGAAUCCUUGCGCUUUCUUGUUACAUUUUAUAGGUUAUUGAUGCUGGUCAUUUUUGGGCUCAACCAACUGCUCAUCCAGACUUCAUGGGAAAGCUAAAUGACCACUUUAGGGACAGGAAAACCCCAGAAAUAACAAAUCCUCUGGGUAAGGGUCAGGUGAGUCGAUUGUUAGAUUGACAGCUGUACCCCAGUAUCAGAAAUGAGCUGGUUUGUAGCAGAGGCUGAAGCAGGCAUCAGAACUAAAUGAAGUAGGCAAUGGUCAAAGGCAAUUCUUGAAAUCAAGUCCAAAAUAGGAAACCACUGAAGAAGUUGCACUUCUGAUUAAGUUGCCACCAAAUGCAGUGAGAUGCUUAGCAACUCAUUACUCUACUUGUUUCUUUCAGUUAUUUCGUUUUGAAACAAUGUACUUUUCUGCCACCCAAAUCUCAGUUUCAAGAAAAGCAAUGUGAUUCAUUGCUGGACUGACUCUUGAGUAAUUCAACAAAAAAAAGGCAGGAAAGAGGGCACAGUUAUAGUGUGAAUGCAUUGUUUUUACUUUGCCCUGUCCCUGCAGUAGGCAAAGUAAAGACAGAUUAUGUAGGGUGUAUUUGUAUGGUACUUCUCUCUGUCAAAAUCAAUGUGGCAAACAGCAGUUUAUGAAUAAUGAUAAGAGGUUGAUUACUUUAGUCGAACUUACUCAGACGUAAGUCAUUGUAUAUAUAUUAUAUAGAAUCAAGGCCCAUAUUUGGGUCCUUUCCGGGGAGGGGGGGGAGGGGAUUUGGGAAAUAGUUCAUACCUGUGGAAAGAUCCUGGUUACACCCCUGGCUGUCUAUAGGAUUGUUAGUGUUGAGGUUAGCCUGCAUGUGGGUGAAGUAAGUUUUGGUAAUUCUCUUUUGUGCAUGUAGAUGUGUGUUGUAAGAAGGACAUCUGACAAAUGCUGGUACAGGGCAAGAGUGCAGAAUGUGUUGCAGACAUUAAGUGGUCCUCAAGCCAGGUACAUUAUUAUAGCUACAAUAGUACGCACUCUCUGAUUGGCUGUUUUCUUGCAAUAGCUGGGCAUUGCUAGCUAUGAUCAAUAAAUUAUUGUUCUCUGUCAAAAGGGUAUCCACUGACCAGUGUCACAUGACUGUAUUGUGGGUUCAAUUGUACAACUCAUUGAGAUGAUGUGUUUUAUAAGUUAUCUGCUGACCAGUUGUUGGUUUUGAUUGAUUGCAGGCUCAGAACUGGUACAUAAUGAAAAGGCCAUGUAUCAUGUUUUAAACAGGGUUUCUGAUAUUUUGCGGAAAAAAAAGCAAAAUUUCGCAGGAUUUUCAGGGGCGAAUUCGUGGAAAAUCGGCUGAUUUCGCGGGAGAAAAAGGCAAAAUUCAGGGGAAAAUCGGCCGAUUUCGCAGGGGCGGAAAGUCAAAAUUGGCAGAAAAAUCAGCCGAUUUCGCGGGAUUUUAGCGAAAAAAGUCAAAUUUCGAAGGAUUUUGAGGGGCAAGUUCUUAGAAAAAUCGGCCGAUUUCACGGGAAAUUUCUGGGGGAAACUUCGCCAAGAAACAAUCAGUAAAAAACAGCCAAUUUUGCUCGAUUUUUUUUUGGCAAAUUUCGUUAAAAUCAAUCAAUUUUGCGUCGAUAUGACCAGCGUUGUUUAACGUUUUUUUCACAGGGAUAAUCAUUUGCUCUUUCAACGACAGUUCGCUCGAGAAAUGAGCGAAUGCUAAAGCUAUUAACAUUAUGGUUGGUGCCCAGUUUUUCGCAACAUUCAUCUAAAAACGCCUGGUAGUUUUGGGACGUUGUUUACUCGUUGCAGUGACGAAGUUUCAAGAUAAAUUUGGACGUUUGGGGUGAAUAAAACUGGUCUAAUAGCCAAGAUAAGUAUUAAAUAUGUUUUGUGGACAUGUAUUUGGAAAUAUUUCUGACGGAUUUCGCGGUAUUUCGCGUUUUUUUGGGAAUUUCGUGGGAUUUCACGGAAACACCUGAAUUUCAUGGGUUCGUGACCGUGCGAAAUAUCAGAAGCCCUGUUUAAAUGACUUAUUGACCUCAUCUGUUUGGUUAUUACAGGAAAAUCUUCGAUCGAGGCCUUGAUGUAUUGACCUCCCUAUAGCUCAGUUAAUACAUCAAGGCCUCGGUCUGAGAUUUCCCUGUAAUGCCCGAACAGACCAGGUUAAUAAGUAGUAUUUAAUGCAGUUUUAACCCAUCUGCAAUACAUGUAGAUGAGCUUGGUGAAUGUUGCCUGAAAAAGUAACUUGGAGUCACAAGCCAAACCCAGCCAAAUAUGUAGGGAAUCCAUGACCACCAUUGGCCGUUUAGCUGCAAUAAUCCUCGAUAAACUACUGAAAAUUCUGUUGCUGGUUUGGUAAUGUGGAAAUAUGGUGCAGUUUUGGGGAAGGUCAGAUGUUUUUCUGAAAUAAGUGCGAGCACUUCUUUAGGAAAACAGUAAUGGAACUUGUCUUACAACAUAUUGUAAGGUUGAUUUUAAGCUGUUUGUUUUCCUUCAGUGUCUUUCUUGUGGAUUUAGCUGAAAGCACUCUUAUUCCUUGCUGCUGGUAAGAAGGUUUUUUUAAUGUACAUACUCAAACUAUGAUAUUUUAAAGAAGUAGUUUUUAGCUCUGUUUUGAGAAUCAAACAAUCAUGUACAGGGUACAUGACUGAAUGACUUGUCCAGCAAACAAAAGCAAGGUUGUAUUAUUUUGUUACAAGAUGCAGUAAAGUGCACUAGAUGCAAUAAGAAAACACUUUAUUCAAAUUGUAAAAUGUAGACUUAUUUUGCUGGCAUGGUGCAUAAAUUAUUUUUUGUCAACACUGGAAGAGAGAAAAAUAUUAAUGUUAAGAUUAACAUGAAUACAAAGAAACAAGGGUGAUUAGACAGUGAUUACAGUUAGAAGAGAACAGUAUACAUGUAGUUUAUAAUCUAUUAUUUAAACAGCCUUUCCAGGCUCUCAGUUGAGACGAGGGAUUACAGGGACUGUAUAAAAUGCAAGCCUGAAAAAAGUAUUGUUAAGGACUGGGGCAAGUCAGGUCAGUGAGACAGGUCACUCUUUUCUCCUCCAUGCAGGCGACACCCUUUUUUUCUUUUUUGCUUUUCAUUUCACUUGUCAUGACAAAUUAACCAGGGGUGUGCACGUGGAAUACAGUGUAGGCUAACAAGUUGUAUUUAAAGUGCCUUUUUUUACUGAAACACAGUACGCAUUAGAGAUGAAUUUGCCUGAAGGUCAAAGUAGCCUCUUCUGAAAUGAAUGCUACAUUACAUUUUACAACUAUGGAAAAAUAAGUAGUUAUUUAUAAAGAUAAAAUUAUUAAUUCUAAAUGGUUUAAAAUAGCGAUGUACAUGUAUGCAGAAUCUUUCUAAGGCUUUUAUUUCACAGGCUUAUAUGGGCACCGUGGUAGUCACAUGUAAGUUACAGCUUGAUGUUUUGAUGAAUGAAAGCUUUUUCCGUAUUUAUCCAGCUCAUAUGCCUGCUUGUCUAUUUUCUUUUUAGGACCAGAGAGGUUCCAACAGAAUACCUAAACAUUCCCUAUCAGGCCAUGGAAUGUUUCCUGACUGGAAUUAAACCACUUGGACUUGUAACAGCAUAUUUUGAUCUGAGCACCUCUAAACAGUAAGCGAAAAUAAUUUUAAGUUAAGCACUCUCAACAAAUUACAGUGUACUUAUUUUGUACUAAAACAAUGAGGGCUGCACUUUUACUGCUUUAAACAAAGAAUCAAAAUAAAUUUGCAGCAAGGACAAAAAUGGUGCCAUAACAUAUUGUAUAGACUGUGUAUGCAUACCUGUACAUGUAAACACCCCUAUAUGGAAGAAGGGGUUUUCACUGAUGAGUUAACCCCCGAGUAACGCAACAUGCCAAUGAGAGUCAGUGAUGCAUGCAGAUUCAGACACAGUCUAUGCAUGUAUAGUACAAGCAGUUCAUGCACACCCCAAUUACUUGCAAAGUUUUGGGCACCCCUCUUAAGCUGCAGUGUAAUAUUCAUAGUACAUGUAGGUGGGUACAUAAUACAACAUGUAUAUGUUACAGGUCAAAUUUGAUCCCAAGUUAAUUUUGAUUUAACCUAGGUUGAUUCUUAAUUUCCAUUGUCCUCUAGUCCUAGUAGACAAAGGAAAUCAAGAAUCAACCUAGGAACUAUUAAUUUGACCUGUAGCAUAGACACAUGCACAUGUAUACUAGGUUGUUUGUGCUCCCCUCUGUUGCAUUGAAAGUUAUGAACACCUGUGGAUCUAGUGGGUGAGUAGUACCUGAGAGAUCUGGGAGCCUCUACUGUUGGCAUUCAGCCCUGAUGUGCACUACACCAUUGCUUGCCAAUACAUGCAGGCCACACUCAAUGCACCUAUCACACUGAACAUAUUAUAAUAUACAGGUGUAAGUGGGGAAAAAAUCUGCAACAAGAGUCCCAAAAUUACCAUUCAACUAUGCAUUAUCAGGGCUCGAAAUUAACGCUCGCAAACUCGCAAAAUGCGAGUGAUUUUGAUAAUCUGCGAGUAAGAAAUAUAUCCACUAGCAAACGAUUGCGAGUUAGAAUUAUCCAUGUCUCCCAAACAAAGGGAAAUAAUUUGCUUGUGGUCUCACCAGUUUGCUAGUGGAAAAAAAUCUUACUAGCAAAACUUUGCACGUGCACUAAAAAGAUAACUUCGAGCCCUGCAUUAUGCCUGUCCACUCAGUGAACUCUUUGUUCAUGGAGAUCUUGCAAAAAUGAACACCAGAGAUGGUGUCAGAAGAAUUUGCCAAAUGUUAUACCCAAAGAACCUCUGCAACAGCAAACUCACCUGAUCUGAACGUUUAGAGUGCCGCUGAUGAGACAGCAUACAAAGAUCUAGCCCGCUAAACACUGGACGAGCUGAGAAGGCGACUCAACUUUGCCUGGAAAAAUGGGACCUACAUGUAAGACUAUACACGCUUACGAAGCUUGCACAUUCUAUACCCCACCGCUUAGAACAUGUCGAAAAAAUAAAUAAAUAAAUAAAUAAAUAAAGGAAGCCAUCCUGGUUACUAAUAUUUCUUUUAUUCAAUAUAAAAUGAAUAAGGAAUAACAUACCUAAUUGCAAAAAAAGUAGUUUUAGUAACCAUGGAAGUUUGAGUGAAAAAAAAAUCGGAACAAGCUUUUGAAACACCCUGUGUAUGUGUCUCUGUAUUGAUUUGCAGAGAGACAGAUCAUUGGGAUGAAGCAGCAACUGGUUUGUUCAGAAAUCUUACACAAGGUACAUUUUACAGUUUACUUGUUACAGUUUUAGAAGAGGUGCUUGUGCAUGUAAGUGCUGAUUGCUUCUGCAAAUCUCUGUAUAAUUUUGUUUGUGUGUAAGGUUGUUGUUCUUCUCCUCAAAAAUGAGAUAAUGGUGCAUGUGAUCCCUUUUUUAACAAUCAUGGAAUUAAUAAAUUUUAUUAUCAUCUUUCUUUCAGGCUGUAAUCUUCAAGUUUCUAUUCAAAAGCAAGAUGAAAAAGGAAGAUAUUACGUUCUUUUGUUUGCAGACUCCGGACAUACACGGGUAAGUCUCGUAACAAAACAUGUAGCUGGCACAUGUCAACUUCUGAAGUCAUGUUAGAUCUUGGCAUCCUCAGGCCAAUUCCUGUGGCCAUGGUGAUAAAAUCCAGUUUACCCUCAAGAUAUGUAACCUUUUAACACCACCUCUACUCACAACAAUGUACAUGGGGAGUGUAGUAUACUUUUACUGACUAUGUAAGUGACAGAGGAAUGUCUUUGGUUACAGUUGUAGACACUUUGUGCCACUUUGUAUUAAAAUAAUGUGCUCAUUUACUUGUUCCACUGUAUUAUAUUUAAUCUUCAGUUGUGUUAGCUGCCUUUAAAAAAAAAGCCUUUUAAGAAUUUCCAGGGCUGUCAAUAAGGGCCGGUAGUCGGCUAGUGAGCUGUCCUUAGCUGGCUACUUUCAUCUCCUUCUACAUGUACCAUACUGCUAAUGAAACAUAAGCACCAUCAAAUAGAAUAUUAUUGUAAAGCAACCGUUUCCCGUUUUGAAUAACAUUGAAUGCAUAUUUAAAUUGGGUUAGAUCUGGGAAACGUUUGAACUGUGCGAUGUCGGUGGAAUGCGCGGGACAUUUCAGCGGCAUUGUUCCUAGUGUUGCAUUUAUUCUGACGAAACAACGUGGCAUCUGCAGUGGAAAACACCUCUUGAAAACCUCUGGAAAUGCCAUUUUGGUUCUCAAAAUUUCAAAAUGUUCCCAGAUGCCUUGGUCCUCAAGAAAUUGUGCCUUUAGUGCAAGUACCAAAGCCACCUACUAUUCAUUAUGAGCCUGCUGCUUAAAAACAAGUUAAAAACUUCAAGUUACAAAAACUUCAACUUUCAAGUUAAAAACGUUUUUAAAAGAUCUCAGCUAAUAUUUUAAACCUUGAUAUUUUUUGUAUAAUCGAUUUUAAGAUUUAAAAUUUUAAAAUUUGUUUUACUUGUAAACAUAUUUUACUUUUUUCGUAAUAUUACUAUUAAUUAAUUAGUUAGAUUAAUGCAUGAGGGCCCCACUGAAAACCGCCUUGGUGAGUUGGGCUCCCUCUAUAAAUAUUAUUAUUAUUAUUAUUAAAAACGUUUUGACAGCCCUGAAUGUCCUUUCUUUCUCUUCUCUUUUAUGGCAAAUAAUUGUACUAACAUAUUUAUGUUGACUAGCCAAGUGAGUAACAUUACAAAAUGCUUUGACUUUUGAUGCAAAAACCUCUAUUAAGCGGACAUCCCCUAUAAAUUGGACACUAAGCCAUGUCUGGAAAUUAACGUCUUAUAUUUCCCUGUAUAACAAACCCCUAUUCAGCGGACACCUCUAUUAAGCGGACGUGAACUCUAAAAAUAAUAAAUUGCACUUGGCUAAUUUCUAUUGUUAAAAACCUCUAUUAAGCAGACACCGGACUGAAUUGACAAUUGGAUUACGUCCUUGAAAUACGAACUGUAGUCAAUUAAUAAGGAUAAAUCAAUACAUUUAGCUGUUAAUAAAAUGAAGAUUAGACUGAUAUCCGGCCGUAUGACUGUCAUCUGCCAUCAAAGUUCACCUAGAAGUUCUUUGGAACUUUAUCACAAACUUUGUGCAAUUUUUACAAACUCUAUUAAGCGGACACCCUUUAUUAAGCGGACACUUAGGAAGGUCCCAAAGGUGUCCACUUAAUAGAGGUUUCACUGUAUGUACAGUUUGUUAUACACGUAGUAUGCUUUCUAGUGCUUUUUUCUGACCAGUGCAAUAGAAAUCUGGAUGAAAACAUGCAAUGUACUGUAACUAGUUUUCAGGCCCAAUGGAAAAGAUGUUGUGGAAUGUUCUCAGUACAGUGCACAAUAUUGUUAAACAGCCAACAUUUUGGAACGCCAUCACUUCUUUCCCUGCAAAAUGGCGUCUGAGAAACGAGCACUAACUUGAUCUGGGUAGUGCUUUUUGAUUGGUUGAAGCAAAUUUUCCCUGCAGCAUGACCAAUCAGAAGCACUACCCAGACUUAGGUAGUGAUGCGUUAUCAGUACGGAAUUUCAGCGAGCUUGUUUCUCUGACAUCAUUAUCAUGGGUAAAUCAGUGGUGGCGUUAAAAUGUCAGCUGUUUUCUAAGAGAACUGUUACUACACUCGACUCUCUCUUAAUGGUUACCUCUGUAAAAAAUGGACACUUAGAGUUGGUCCCUGCCUUUCUUUACUCCCUCUAUUUGACUCUCUAUAAGACGGACACCUUUCUGAGACACACUCAGUGCCGGUCCCAAAGGUGUCUGUCUUAGAGAGAGUGGACUGUAUUAAUGAUAAUUUUUUUGUCAGGUUUGCAUCAAUGAUGAGUUGGUGAUCAAUGGAUUUGCUACAAACUUCUUUGACACUGUGCAAAACUCAGGCAUAAGCCCAGGCAAAGCUGCGAAACUACAAGCCUUAAAUGAUGAGUUCCAGAAGCAAGGAUCAGAAGUGAUAAAAAACCUGAAAGAGUACAUCAGCCAUGGCAAAUUAACCUGCAGUGAGCAGUCAUCAAAUAGCACCGAUGAAGAAUCCUUGGAUUAUCAAAAAAAAAGCCACCACUUCUUAAGUUCUUCGGAAUCCCCUGUGAAUGUUUUGAGAAGGCAGAUUUCUGGCUCAUGUGGUGUUGAGAGUGGUGUGCUUAGUGAGCCUUCAGCAAGAAUUCCUGACAGUGCAAGUCAUUUGGCUUCUUCGCAAAGAUUUUCACCACAAGCAUCAUCUGGUCUUACUGUUGGAGGUGAAUCACAGUACAGGAGAGCAGAUAACUUCUCCAGUGAUGAAAACUCCGGUCGAGUGCGCUUUCUAUCAUCAAGGCUCCCAGCGACUGGAAGUGGCAACAUUAGAGGUUACUCAAUCCCAUCAAAAUCUCCAGAGAUUGGAAAUCUAAAACCAAUUCUCAAGAAAAGAAGUCCCCAUUCAGUUUCUCAUCAAUACAGUGGCUCAUCCAGUGAGCCAGAGGACUCACUUCAGAGAAAAAGAGUGCAAUUAGACAAAAACGAUUCUGGUUACUCUUAUGGUGAAAUGCCUUUAUUGGAUUUGCAUGAUAGUAACACUUAUUCAGUAGAUGCAACAAGGCAAGAGCCUGUAUCUUCUUCUGUUAUUAGUGUGGAUGCACUGUUUAGAAGUCAAAUAGAUCAUUUGCGUUCUAGUUCGCAAAAGCCAAACUUUGCUCACAGCCCAGAGGCAAUCUUGCCCUCCAUAGACAGUGAUACUGAACGGCCCCAAGUAGAAAGAAUUUCCCAUCAACUAAGAUCUUUGACAGAAUCUCUAAGGCGUGAUACUGGAGAGUGGAACAGGCAAUUGGAGGACUCUAGUGCACACCAUCAUCAUUCUAAUGCCACAGCUCAACACCAACAGUAUGAAAGUUUACCUCAGCGAUACCAGCCCUCACUAUCGCAAUCUACUGUUUAUGGAGAGAAACAGGCAUUAGCAGACAGAACUUCUCCACUGAAUGCCAACUUCUCUCAAAGUUCCAAUUCUUCCAUCAAGUCACCUCUUCCUUCAGAACGAUUUAUCUCAUCUCAGUCUCCAAUUUCACCCGUGGAUCCCACUACUGGAAGAAAAAUAACAUUUUCUGAUGGUGUCCUUGUCCAAACAGAGGGUGCCCCAGCUCCUAGACCAGUAUUUUCUCUAGAACAAACCCCAUAUGAUUAUUAUGCACGAAGUUUAGGUAUACAUAACAAAUCUCCAGAUAUGUUCCAGGCACAUGUGUGGCCUGCUUUGAGGAGGGGUCGUGAUGUUGUGGGUGUUUGCAGUGCAGUAAACGAACAACAAAUCUUUGCUUAUAUAGUUCCUAUCAUCUAUCAGUUACUUGAAGAACAACAAAUGUACGCAGAUCUUCCAUCUGGAAGUGGGGUAAGUGAAAUGAUAUCUUUAAAACUAUCGUCUCCUUCACUGUCAAAAAUUAAAGCUACAGCUGUAGUUAUUAAGCAUUGCCUAGCUUCAGUUGAUAAGUUACCGAUCUCAUACCAUUUUUACUUUUUGCUAACAGAGCAAAAAUCUUUGAUAAUCAAUUUUAUUUGUUUUUGGCUGCUUCAUACCUUGUGUGCAAGUGGCACCAAUGUAUUUCAAGUUAUCAUACACCGUAUUACUGGCCUCAUUAAAAUAAUUAUUGCAUAGCUCUAUUACAGAUAUUUUUACUAUCCAACAGAUACAUUUAACUAUUAGGGAAACAAAAGUGUUGAAUUAGUAGGACUAUGAUUGCAAGUCCUACUUAGCCCUAUUUUUUGGCCAAUGUCAUUUUUAUUUUCCUAAUUUUUCUGAGUCUGGUUUGUCACUUGAAACCAUGGGGAACCUUUCACUAUCAUUAAUUUGACAACCGCUACAAGAAUAGCAGAGGAAUCUUUUUUCUGUAGAUGUAUUUUUAAAAUGGACAGGGUCAAUUAAAUGGUGUUAACAAUAUAAUAAUAAAUAAUUACUAAAGUAGUUGUUCAUGUAUGUUGUAUCAAUUUUUUUAGCCCAAGCUGCUCAUUCUGGUGCCCACCUGGGCUAGGGGAGAUAAUGUAUAUUACUACUGUACACGGAUGCUUGGACGAAAUAGGGUUAUUCGUGUACAGCUGAUAUUUGGAGGAGGUGCAGAAGAUGAAAGGAUUGUCCAGUUGGUGAAUGGAUGUGAGAUUCUGAUUGCUACACCCCCUUGUUUUGUUCGCAUGCUCCGAAAAGGCUAUAUCAAUCUUGGCAGGCUGUGCCACAUAGUUUUUCAGGAUGCGGAUGUCAUGGUUGAAGACUUUACAUCCGAGAUUAAAGACAUUAUGAGACAUUAUGCCAAGCUAUUGAAAUCCCAACCCAAUCGCUUGGCGCCACGCCAAGCUGUUGUCAUGGCAACAUCUUGGAGUGUGGGUUUGUCAUCUUUGGUGAAGGCUUAUCUAGGGAGUCCUGUGUUGAUUAUCUCAGAUUUGAUAGAAGCCUCUAUUUAUCGAAACGUCUUGCAAAUUGUAACUGUUUGUUCUGCUUCUCAAAGGAAUGACAAACUUCUAGGUAAGGCAAAUUUCAUUUCUUUUGCUGUCCUGUAUUUUUGCCAGUCUAGUUUGGAGCUGCAUGCAAGGUUACUUGUGUAAAACCCAGAGAGACUGUUAUGUCAUGACUGUCAUGCAACACUGAUUAGAAGUAGCAAUUGAAUCAUACAGCGGUCCUCUCCUGCACUGAACUAAUUCAUACAACUUACCUUAACACGUCAGGCUGACACUUAUCUGACAGUUUGGUUCAUCAGGGUUUUCACUGAGAAUUCUAUUAGAAGGAGAAAGGUGUGAUGUUAUAGGAGAAUAAUAUUUUGAAAGAGGAACCACGUCUGAAUAAAAAAUAGUCAUAGGCUAUCGAAAGUUAACCAAAAAAUUUUGCAUGAUAAAUGGAGAAUUCUCUGAUCUCCAAUGCCUUAUGAACACCCUGUUCAACCUAAGUUGCCAUUGUUCCGUAGUUACUUCAAAGUCGAAUUUUGUCAAAAUGGGUUUUGCAGUAACAAUCAUGUACACUGUACACCAGGCACCAGUUGUUUGAAAGGUGGAUAACGCUAUCCACUGGAUAAAUCUCUUUCCAGUGGAUAAUGCAAUUGAUUUCCCUAAUACUUAUCCACUCGAUAGCAAUUUAUCGGGUGGAUGGCACUAUCUAACAUUUGAACAACAGGAGCCAGUCCUAUACAUGUAAGAUUGUGUAGAUUUGAACUAAGAUUACUUGUUGUCUUGUACUUUUUUAUACUGCAUUUACAAUGUACACCUGUACCUUUAUCCCAUAAUAAUGAGUCUUUUGUAGCUCAGUAGUAGAGCAUCUGAACUAUUAACCAAAAGGUCGAAAGUUUCCUUUCCUUUUGUGAGUACUAAUAAAUUUACUAAUUAAACUAAUAAAUCAUAUUUUUAUAGUUAUUAUUUUUGUCUUUCUGUGCUUUUAUUUUUCAUCACAGGGUACAUAGAGUCUUUUAAUGACACAAAGGACAUCUGUGUUUUCACAUCAAAGACUUCAGAGGCAGAGGCUAUUGGGGAAUUUCUUAAAGCAAAUUGCUGUUACACAUUAGUGGCAACUGAGUUUUCAAGUGGCCAAGAACUUGCAAAUGUGAAGAGACAGUGGAACACCCCACAUUCUGCUGAUGCUAUGCCUGUAUUGGGUACUGUAUAAUCAUUAUGUUAUUAAUAAAACAUGUAUUAACCCACUGGCCCUUGGGAAUUUUGCAGAAAAACACAUUUUGAAGCAAGUUGAGUUGUUUUCUGGUUACUGUUUGGCUAUAAAGAGUUAAAACUUACAAAAAAUCCAUCUACAGGUGGUGCACUCUGUUUCAGAUGCUAAAUAUCAGCUUCCAAAGUUUGGGCAUCUGCACAGAAAGCAAAAUUUUCAGUUUUGGGUGUAAAAGUGAUACAGCGGUGUCGACUUUCACCUUUUGCUUUCUCUUCUUUUGCUUUUCUUGCCUCAUAAUUUUUUUUCGUUUGUUUGUGUGCUGGGAACUUACUAGGCUUCACUUUGGUGGAAAAAGCUUUUGGGAAAGCUUUUAGGUUUUUUGAUGGAAAGAAGGGUACUAGUUGCACAAUUUUUGCCUUUUUUCUCCGGAAUCCUUGAUUCAGUCUUGCUCAUUCUGGUGCAGGUUGAGGACACCUUUCAAUUUAAUAAUACAAGUUACAUGACAACAUUGUCUUUGACUGUUCGUCUUUUGCCUAUUUUUUUUUUUUUUUUUCACUCGAUUUGGCAAUUCAAGGCCACUAAAUUUGGUUGGUUUAUUCUCAAAAGUGGAAGUGCCAGAAAAUUGUUACUUUGCUUAAGGUCCAAAUGUAAUACUGUCCAGAGGAAAGUUUAAAGAAGAAGGAGAAAAAAUAGCUAAAAAAAAAUAGGCAGAAACAGAUCAAUAGGGAGGAGGUUAGUUUGGAAAGAGGUAAUAUUGAAAUCAACUGUUUAAAAGUUUACAAAAUCAUGAGGUGAAAAGGCUGGUAGGAUUCAUUAAACCAUUGGUGAUCUAUUUUAAGUUACAUGUAGGUCUAACACCAAACUAUUUCCUCUUUAUGGAUAUUACUUAUUAUAAUCGCUUUGGACUUUAACCAUUUUUUGCACACAUGUACCUCAACACAAAUUACUGUGUGAUCUUAUUCCUUGUUUUAAAUUAAUGUUGUAAGUUUUACAUUAUUUUUCUCUGUCUGUCUUGCUAUAAUGUUUAAACUCGGUGACCAUACUAUAGCUACAUGUAUUCCUGUUUCUUAUCAUUCAAUCAUUGAUUAUAUUUUUUAUCUCCCUUAGUUAUGACUGAUGAUGUUAUUGAGAGAAUGAACAUCACAAAUGCUUCUUGUGUUAUUCACCAUACCUUUCCUAGCAAGGAAAAGUUCCGCAGGAGGUUAACUACUCUUGCAGGAAAAUUCACAUCAUCAGAGGUACAGCAAAUACAUGUAUAAAUAUCAGACACAUUAAUAAAUAUACAUGUAUAUUAAAUUUAAUAUCAACCAUUUAUUAAGAUUGUUUAUUGUGAGUGGCUGUGAAUGAUUUUUGGCACCUGCAAAUAUCUAUAAAUAUUAUUAAUGAUAAAUUCAUGGAGGUGGAAUGGAGGGCGAAAGGGGAAUUCCUACACACUGACAGCAUGAUUCUCACUGAAAACUCGGUUCAUUUCUUAUUUGCAGCUUUAUUUAUGAGUUGUCAACUUGAUGAACAUAAAGUACAUAAUAUAGUAUGCUAUUGAAAUGACUGAAAAAAAAUGCCAGUGGUAUUUGUAGCCUGGGCCACGGAUGGAAAUAAACUUUCAGCUAAGUCCAUCUGCAAAACAGCACCAAAAUCCUUGUUCUGGGCCCUCACCUGCAUACCAGGAUUUAAGUACGUGCCGUGAUUGGCCUGUUAAAAAAGCCAUUGUCAAUUUGCCAGUCAAGUUGGAGAUACAUGUAAAUAAAAUUCGAAACACAUUUCCAGUAAGUCAUCCUCUUGUUAGGGACCCGGAACAAGGAUAUCAGCACUGUUUCGCAGACGGUUUUAACCAUUGUUAGGUUACGCCCUCUUUCCUUGCUGUUCUCCUCUUGUUUUUCGUGCCAUUAACCCAACGCCUGUUUGUGUAAAUGCAUCCAGAAGAGAAGUACAUUCUUUGCCCUGCUGUAAUCCGUGGGCGAAUCUUCAGUUGCAAUAUUAAAUUGCAAUGAAGUCAUUUAUUUUUAGAAACCAAACACGAUGGCAUGACCCACUUUGAGUCUUAAAAUGCAGCAAUCAACCUUACGCCAUUUUAAAAAUUUUGUUCUCAUAACAUCAAUACGCUCUUCUCACGUAUGGUAAUAUGCCCGUCUAACCUCGUUUUUGAGUAAAAAGUCCUUUGAAAUGCUAAUCAGACGACAUUUUCGUAUUUGAAUUUCAAAAUAAUUUUUACCCGUAAACGAGGUUAGACGGGCAUAUUACCAUAAGUGAGAAGAGCGUAUCGAGUAUCAUAUACAGUGUAUAUGUAAGCAUGAAAGGGUAUAGUGUAAUGAUUACAGUCUCUUUGCAAACUAUAAUCACAAAAAUAAGUUUAAUUUCACGUCACCACUAGUCACACGUGUGAAAUCCACACUAAACCUUUGAUUUACGUAUCAUUGUUUCUUUCUUGCAAUUGUUCAAGGAGCAUGGCUGUGUUUCCCUCUUCAUGGUCACUGAAAGAUGCAGUUCUGCCAAUGGUGCUAACAUUGCUCGGUUGUUAAAAAGGUGUGGUCAGGAGGUGCCACAAUCAUUACAAGAAAUUGUGGAAAUCACAACUCAGGCAAGUCUGUCAUUGAAGACCCUAAGAUACCAGUCCAAACAUGGUUGCACAUUGUAGACAGACCACAGAGAGUGUUCAGUCAUGUGAUACAGUAAGAGCAAGAACCUGCAUUUUCCCAAGAUAAGUUAGCGUAAACAGGUUCUUACAUACAUGUAACAUGGUAAUUAGCACAAAUUAAAACUAUUAGUUUCUUAUUUUUGAAGGAAAAAAGUACAUUCAUGUAGCUUAUUCCUUAUAGGUACAAUGUAUUUUUAUAAAAUCUGUAUUCCAAUUUAGAAUAAUUAUAUAUGUAAUUUAAAUGACUAAGAAGAAGAACUGAAGUGCUGACCACAUGAAGUUUGAAGUCCUCCUUCAGAACAUAACAUACUUGUAUUGUAAUGCACCAUUUUAUUUGCCCAAGCAAGGCUGUGGUCUAAAGAAAAUUUAAGGGAGCCCAGUGCUCUGAACCUGUAAAAUCAAGGGUGCCCAGCAUAUGAUUUCUGUGAAAAAAAACUAAGAUUUUCUAGUUGCCCGGGAGCAAAAGUUGGGCACUGGGAGUCGCUGGGCACUGCUAAAGCACAGCCUUCCAAGUGUACAGAAAUUUUUUAUAUAUAUAGAUUUUAGAAUCCAAAUAGGUACCCAUUUCAAAUUUUAAGAUAAACAGGUUCUUGUAUAGAGGGGGCAUAACUGGCUAAUUUUAGCCUUAAAGGUUCUUAAAAACCAGGCUUUUUACUCGCGGGUUUUUCCUGUACUUUAUUUUCUUGCCUGCAUACAUGUACAGUUUUUCUACGAAAACAAGGUGAUGCCAAGUCUGUGUUUUUAUUGGUGUUUCUAACACUACCUGUAUGUCGUGUUUUAAAGGUUUUCUUACUUUGUUUUUCUUCGUUUUAUUACUCAGGAAAGAGAUAGAAACAAGGAUUUAUGUUAUUUUCUUAAAGCUUUUGGCACCUGCAGGUACAGUAUUACAGAAAUUAACUACAAUGUACCUAUCAAUGUUAGGAGUUUUGAAUAUUUUUACUAUUAUUAUUAAUAUAUCAUUAUUAUUUUUAGAUAUUAUAAUUAUUUUAAUGCCUGUGCCAUGUAAAAAGAAAACUAAAAUACAGAAACAACAUGUGUAAGUGACAAAAAAUACACACCCAUGUAGGAUAUAAAGAUCCUUACAGUGUAUAUUCGUCCUGUAUUCUUUUUCUCAUAUCAACGGGAAUUAGUUUAUGUGUAAGGCAAUGAAAAAAAUGAAUAUGAAUAAAAAUUCUAUCACACAUCCACAUAGUGGUUCUUCGGGCACUUUCCAUUUGUCAGAACUGGCCAGUUGGACCAGUCAGUUAGCAAGCGAAAUGGGCUUUUUCCAGAGGGUUUUGCUGAAAAACCAUCUCCUUCAUGCAUACUAUUUAGGAUUUGACUGAUCUGGCUGGAUAGUUUUUAUUAAAAGUAAAAUUCUCAUAACGAUGGGAAUGGUCUGGCCGGUCAGUUCUGGCAAAUGGAAAGUGCCCUUCGUCUGCCAUUCAUGGCUGAAGUGGAAAUUGGAAAUGUUGGUUUUGAGGAGAAAAACCUCUUGGAGCAAAGGAGAAGCAACAAUGAACUGAACCCGCAUAAUUUUAUGGCAUAUUACCACGCAGAUUGUCUAGACUAGAUUGUGGAGUAUGUAUUUGUAGAUCAAUAUCUUACAGAAGCAAUACCAACAUUGUCCAGCUACGACUCCCUGUAAUUGUAACAAAAUGUUAAUGUUUUAAGGUGGCUGAACACAGUUUCGCGGGUGGUCAGCGGUAGCGCAUGUUUUAAAUUAGACAAACAAACAUGGCGGCGAAAAAAGCAGUGGAAGACAGAAGACGAUUUCUCAAAAUCUACUCAUUAAAAUUUUGUGAUAUUUGGCAGAAUUUUUACUUUUAUCGUAUUUUAAAUAAUGAGAACUUUAAAAUGGGAGUUUAACAGACGAAUUUUGUGACACAUUUAAUAAUAGCAGUACAAUUAUACUAUUGAUUAUCUGAAAACCCCUUCGUUAAAAUUUGGUCAAAUAAGUUCCUAAUAGUAAUGAUUAAUUAUAGUAAGCUGUGUGCGAGUUUAUAGGAAAAUCUAAUGAGCGAAUUUUAUGUAAACUGAGUAAAAGUGAAAUUUUAAGGUUGUAUUCAAUCGUUCAUGUUGUCAUGGAAACUACGAAAACGUCAAAUUUUGCCUGUCAGUCAAAAUCUUUCAUCAUUAUAUUUUUCACUUGCCAAGUUUCAGCUUGUGAGCUGCAACCUUUCUCUUGCCAUAAUUUGGCAAAUGACCUAUAAUCAGAAACUGCCAAAACUGUGUUCAGCCACCUUAACAUACAUUGUUCAUGAUUUUUGCGGGCGACAAGAGGAGCCCGCAAUCCUAAUCUCCAGGUUGUUAUUACGCAUGCGUCGCAUGUAUGUAGCCAAAAUUCGUUUGGACUUCCACUAAUAGUGAAUGGAGUGCACAAAACGCAAUUUGAUCACGCACGUUUCUACUUUCUAUCCCUCGUAAUCUGUUCACGAGUGUUUUGACCAUCUGUCACGUGAAACUUACGCAAAGCACAGCAUUGGAGCAAAGUUUGGACCUCCGAUCGUUGUCGCCCGCACUCCUUAACCUUUGGUUAUUACUAGUCAAGUAGUUCAGUGUUUGAAGUAGGAACUGAAACAGGCAAAAUAUUGCAAAGUCUCGGUAUUAACGUAUUUACAUGUCAAUUCCAUAUGUAAUAUGCAGAUUGAAAAGCCCUAGCAAAAGAUGCCAAAACAGGCACACAGUCCUGGCGGAACGUGAUAAGCCAUUCGAGGGCAUUCCUACAUCAGGCAUAGUGAAGGUAAGUUUGUAGUGCAAUCCACCCUAUUAAUACUUUGAAUUUCCCUAGUUCCUGCUAUUUGAGAAAGAAAAAAGGUACAGAAUCUUGUACAUAAUACUAUUAUAUCAUUGUGAAACUUGUUUGAAGUGGAACUCGCUUUAAGCUGACCCGGUAAAAAACAGGUAAUGACGCACACGAUCCAAAGGGCCAAACAGCCGGAGCUUAUCCCGGUUUUCUUAGCAUGAAGCAUGCCUAGGAGUAUUGCUACUCCCCCCUGGGCGGGGUGCUAGUCCAUCGCAGGGUUACCACCGUUGUUAGAAGGCCGAUUAGCUCUUAAGCCAGGGUUAAAUUUAACCCGGGUUUCGUUUUCAACGAGGGGACUUUAACCGAGGUCAAAUUGUUGGGAGACCUGCUCUCUCACCCCUUUUCCAUUUCUGCUCCCCCAAAGAUGUGUCUUUAACCAUAGCUUUUUGAUGUUUAUAGACAUCUUUUAUGCUAGUAGUUACCGAAGGUCACCGAGCGUGGGUGUCAACGGUCGAACGCUUUUGCUCCAGUGCUGUGCCUUAGCAAGUUUCACGUGAUAGAAGCUCAAAACACGGGUGAUUAGGUUACGAUUGUUAGAAGGUCCAAAUGCGGGUAAUCAGAUUGGGUUCUGUGCAUUCCAUUCAUUUUUAGUGGAGGGCCAAACACGUGCCGUGCAUGCGUAAUAGAAACCUGGAGAUUAGGAUUGCGGGUUCCUCUUGACGCCCACAGCGUAUUUCCUCUCCUUUAGGUGCUGGUCCUCUAUGUAGAGGACACAUCAUGUUACUGGGUGAGGAUUUUAGAGCACAGACCUGGGAAUGCGGAUCAGACCAGCAGCAGCACCCAUAUCAUAGAUAGUACUGAGUUUCUGGAACUCACCAUGUCUGUUAGUGGGUGGUAUGCCAAUCCAGCUAACAGGGUCAAACAUGAACUGGUUUCCAUUGGAGAUCUCUGUGCUAUGAUGUGUGGGAACUCUUUUCAGAGGUACAGCUGUGACUUACUACUUGUUUACAUGCACAAAGAAAAACUUCCUCCAAAAGUGUAUGAUGAUGAUGAUGAUGAUAAUGAUAAUGAUAAUGAUAAUGUUAAUGAUGCUGAUGAUUGUGAUAAUAAUAAUAAUAAUAAUAAAUAUCUAAUAUUGAUAUUAAUAUCUAAUAUUAAUAAUAAUAAAUAUCUAAUAUUGAUAUCAGAGCUUUAUUAAGUCAUAAUAAUAAUAAUAAUAAUAAUAAUAACGCUCCUUAAAGUACUAAAACUAAUAUUUUGUAUUUACAACCCUCCAUAAAAAUUAAUAGCCCUUCCUAAACUGCGGGAUGUUAGUGUUCAAGCAAUUUUGCCUUUUUUAAAUGAUUAUUGUCUCUUUUGUUGUUGCUACUCAUCAUGAACUUCAUUUACUCUGAUCUUAAAAGCUCAAUCUCAGAUACUAUGAAUGUAAACAAUUUCAAUCAAAAACGACAAGAAAACAACGUCUUCUUUAAGUGGUGCUUGUUGUAUUUAUCUUCAGAGUAAAAAUCUGUAAAAUCACAGGUGUGGAUGACGCUAGCAAGAAGCCCAAGUAUGUUGUGGUAAGCAUUUUUUUAAAUUCUUCCCACCACUGACUUUUUCUGGACUUGUUUAGGCGGGGUGUUCAGCUUUUGAAAUAAUUCCAGAGACUUUUCUGGGUUGUUAAUAAGUGAUAUGACUGUUAAUCUUAGCUUGUCAUUAUAGAGCGCGCAAAUGUCAAAUUUUUGGUUGUUAACAUGAUUCUGUUGCGUUACCCUAUCCUUGCUGGAACAAAUAGCUGUAUUUUUAACAGGCGCGCGUCCUUGCGCGAUUCCUGCCAGAAAAGUAUAAAUGGCGCAUUAACGUUAAGAGGGUGCGCCCCUAAUGCUGCAUGUACGCAUUCUCGUGUAAUUGAGUGUCAAAAUGGUACAGUUGAACCCCGCCCACGGACACCUACACAGUCACACGAACAUCCCGUUAAAACGGGCAUUUUCUAUGGCCCCCUCACUUUCUGUAUUAACGGGGUUUGACUCUACUUGUGAUGAAAAGGCGUAUUACAUGUAGGUACCAAACAGCAACAACAACUUUAUUUGUUUUUCUCUUGCCGUUUUAGCGGUGAUUUACCAUGUUUGAUGUACAUUUUUUCUUUACUAUAACCAUUUUGAAAUCACUAGUUGUGAUCACUGCGAUCUCAUUGGCUAUCAGCAGUGUGAUUUAUUCACGAAUCACACUAUUUUCUGGCUCUACAUCACAUCUGUUCUAAUUCGCGUCAUUUAUGUUCUAAAUCACGUCAUUUCUGUUUUAAAUCGCACCAUUUUCGCUCUACAUGUAAAUCUCAUCAUUUCUGUUUCAAAUACAACAUGAGAUGUAAAAACCUUUUUGUUUCCGGUUUUCAACAAACCGGCUACUAGAUCAAUAAAAUAUUGGUACUGUCUGAAUGCUGCGAUUUCAAAAUGGUUGUAAUAAAGUGGUAAUUGAAUUUCAUGUCGUGCAGUUUUGGUCUGAAAUCAUCCUUGUGUUUUAAAAUCGAACUCGUGCUGAGCGCUUGUCCACGCGUAUGAUUUCAGACCAAAUAGGCAACUUUCGGUAUAUUAAAAUUCAGCAUGAUAGCGACUCUUAGAGGACACAAACAAAGAAAUGAAUAAACCAUGAUUAUUUGUGUUUAUUCAUUUUCUUUGUUUGUGUCCUCUAAGACUCGCUAUCAUGCUGAAUUUUGAUAUAUCGAAAGUAGCUUAUUGCACUCCUCUCAGUUCAAUAAACAUUAUUUAUCAUUAACUAAUUAUUGUUAUUAUUAUUAUUAUUAUUAUUAUUGCACUUUUUAAUUCACACGUCGCGGUACCCUUUCAUAUGUGUGACAACACAUAGUAACCAGGCAGUGGUGGUAUUAUUCUUAAAAGAACAAGCUUCUAAAACUCACUCAACAGAUCAUUGUGUCUUGUUCUAGGUUCAGUAUGUUGAUAGAGGAGCUUUUGAAGAGGAUGUAGAUGUUAAUAGACUCCUUCAACUUCCACCACAGUUCCAUUCCUGUCCAUUUCAGGUAUAUUCUUCUUUCAGAUGUUGGACUAAUGUUAAUUUGCACUAGGGACCGUUAAAUACGCCGUUUUCCGGUCUGUGUUUGACAUGUCCGUAAAUUCGGGUAGACUCCUUUUUUACCUCGAGUUUAAAAAUACCAUCCCAAAUGUACGCUUACACUCAGUAAUAGGCCUUGUCUGAGUUGUCCCAUGUAUUUUCGAAGCGAGGCUACGUGCGAAGCCAUUGAUAUGAAAAUUAGGCAAAUAAAACCCAUUUUCAUAAGAGAGACUUUUGCACUUAGCCUCAUUUUGAAAGUGAGAGUUUUUGGAAUUUGGAAAUUGCCAAUUGGCUAUUGUGCGGGUGCAUGUGAGAUUUGGUCGGUGUUACCUCGAGUUGCAUUAUGGGCCCGAUUAGGGGCUUCUUUUCUUAACUUAAACAAAGUUGCGCAGGAUUCGUCCCCAAAACAGUCCCAUAGCGUAUUUCAACGCAACAUCAACCCAGUCUCAGACGGAACUUGUACAUGGUCAAUAGAUUGUCAUAAACGGGAGGUCAAGAGUUUGAGUAAUGUUUUCUUUCUUUGCGCGGAAGAUAGGAAACACCCUUUGUCCGACUGGUUUCAAACUCUGAAGCUCCACCUGUGGCUAACCCUGUGCUCCAGCCACUGCUAAGGCUACUUGUAAACUGGGUUAUGGUUCGUUUGUGGCAUGUGACCUGUAUGAUAGGAUAAGGAGGAGGAGCAAGGAGGCAGCAUGGCCGAGUGGUCAGCAUGUCGGACUCACAGUCCGGUGGUCCCGGGUGUGAGCCACUUGCUGGAUUUGUUCACGGUCCUCCCGAGUUCAAAUUCUUGGCUAUGCUUGUAAAUAGCCAUGUAGUUGCCUUCUGCCAGUUGGGGUUUUUAAUCCUGUUAUGUUGUAUUUGAAUUAUUUGUUUCUACGUAUUUGAGUGGAGUGCAUGAAAACUAGCUGGAUAACCUAAGUGCACUUCCCACUAUAAACAAGCCUUUAAGCUACUAUGUCAAAGCAUUUUGUAAGGGGAUAGAUAACGAAAGAUGGAAAUAUUUUUUAGUCACAUCAUCUUUAUUUUAUUUUCAGGCUGUUCAAGUAUUUGCGUGUAGAGUGCAACCUCUUGACAAAGAUGAAGAGUGGACCGUAAAGGUACAGUUUUAAACCACAAUAACAUAAUGAUUAUUUCUCCAGUGUAAACUCGCCGGAGAAGCGUAAUGCGGCUAGUUUACGAUGAGGCAAGCAAGGGGCACACGUACACCAACUCACGGCCUGGACAGUACCUCACGCAUGCGCACAGCCAUAUCACACGGGUAGUGGCAACCAUGGACAGCUGUUUCGCCUUUAUUGGGGCUCAUCAGCAUGGCAUAGCCGUCGGGUCGCGAGUUCGCCCGUUCUAAAGCUCGACGGCUAUGCCCCAAUAAGGGUGAAACAGCUGUCCAUGGCUGCAACUGCCCGGGUGAUAUGGCUGUGCGCAUGCGUGAGGUACUGGCCAGGCCAUGGGUUGGUGUAUGCGUGUUCCUUGCCUGAAGCAUGUCUUAGUAUACGAUGACUUCUAUCCAGAGGAUAGGAAUUUUGCAUUAACUAUGGCAUUUAAUUCUUGUACCGGACACAGGUGACGUAAAACAAAAGAACUGUUCCCAAUUCGCCCUGGGUAUUGCAAUCGUCUCAAGAGAAAUUAAAAACCAUGCUUUGUCAAUGUUUUGGACGGGAGGAUGAGGGGGUAAACAAGAUCUAUUUUUAUAUUUCUAGACUUUCACUCAACUAAACAGGGACUGUCAUUGGUUGAUUCACAUGACCUUGACUUAAAUCAAAUAUAUCCCGAUCGUGAUACAUUUUAGCAAUUGUACCACGCUCGACAUAGCAUAGGAAAUGGUACUUAAAGAUAGGCGUUACCGCCAUAUGUUAUUUAUUUGUUUAUUUACUUAUUUAUUUUUUCAGAGCAAACUCUUUGUCAAACACCUUAUUGAGGGAAAGGAAAUGGAAGGAAGAGUGGUAUUGAGGUAUAGUUGAACUUUAAGAGACGUUUCGUCAUUCUUAGCCAAGAAAUGUCGUUUACAUGGUCUCUUUUUACCCAUGAACGAAAGCUCCCUGAGGCCUAGUUUUGAUAUAAUCGCCCAGAUCACCUCGAUCGCUCAAGGCAUCUCAAAAUGUGCUAAGGUGAUCAAGAAGAUAAUAUGCGAUGGCGGCGGGAAGAUCCGGACUAUAAGGGCGAUCGUAAUUGCCUGUAGGAAACUCAAGUCUGCAUAUACGUUUGUUUCCAUAUAAUCGUUCGGAUUGUCAUAAUCGCCCCAGUCGUCUCAACGUAUUGUAGUUUGUUGAUUUCACGGACGGUUGCGAUCACCAGUUAAUGUAUUACAAAGAUUACAAAACAAAAUGAACAAUGCCCACACGUCAAAACAAAAGCGAACCAACAAUAAUUUGCGAAACUCGAAAAAUCACCCCAGAGAGAGUUCAGGUGAUCGAAGCGAUCUUAAGGGAAAAGUAUUUGAUGCGAUGCGGGAAUCUCCAAACCGCUUGGCGAUCACAAUUGACAAGAUUUGCAGCCUCGACCGUCUCGCCCGACUCAUUCCGAGAAUCAGGAUUAACAAGUUAACACUGAUUCAAGGUUGGAAGACACAAGGGUAUAGGGACAUUACAGGGAUAGUUCGUUUUGUGUGCACUAUACCUUUUCUAUGCUUGCAGCACAGGUUUGAGGCAAAUUUGUCUCCGCAACAUGUUGAACGAACUUCAAUUUGUUAGCUUCGUAAGCAAUCACGAGGUUCCUGCAACGGCGUCAAUAUUUGAACGAGACAACGACCAGGAUUCUGUGUUGAUACAACAGAGAAGACAACAAUGGAACAUUCCCAAAGCAUUUUCUUAUUUAUGCGCUCUAACCACCACAUUACAUUGUCAAGGAUUUCAAAUGACAUGAACUUCUUUGACAAUGUCAAAACUUUUCUUUUUAGCUUAGGUAAUACAAUGUGGCUUGAUCCUUUGGUGGAAAGGACUUAUUUGGAGACCAUCAAUGUUACAACUAAUAACCUGAACAUAAGAAUGGAGUUACUGGAAGAGAAACUUGCGGCUGACAACAAGCAGGUACUAAUCAGUUGAGAACGACUCCAGCAGAUUCUAGAGUUUUUUCCGUUUUUUUUUUUUAGGCAAUUUUGAAAACUUAUGGUGUUUGAUAAUUUCUUUACAGCAUGUGCGACUUCUAAGAAGCUUGUGCGAGGGACUCAUUUAUCUGCCACCUUUGGAAGGAGGGUCAAGUGGUCUUACAGAAAACAGGUAUUAAGUAACUGUUAAUCUCGCUGUUUACUUCCACUUGUUAAGUCUUAUACAAAGUAGGCAAUUUCUUAUAGGGUUCCAUAAAAACCAAUAUCACUUUCAAUCACAUCACAACUUAUUAACUUCAACUUAGGUAUGCUGUGGUGUAACUAACUGUAUCUUUUUAAUGUUGUUGUUUGUGUUAUAGUUAUGAUGCAACUGGUGUUCUAAACUCGGUGAUUUUGCCCGAGGAAGGAUUCCACUCUGUUUACGUGUCUGCUGUGGAAAAUCCAGGUCUCUUUUUCAUCCAGUUACAAUCGUCGGAAGAAAGGUGAUAUGCGAUGUUAUUGACAUUUUGUUUUCAUAUCACUGAUCGCGAGGAUAUGUGUCCGUAGGUCAUAAAUCUUCAUCCCCAGAUGAACCGUCUUUUUAGGGACAAGGCAGCCAGCACCAGCACGGUUUAUUGUCACAGAUAAACGUUAACCGCGAGUCGGUUUAGAGUUUACUGAAAUUUGAUCAUGGCCCUUUCUCCGACAAAACGGCGUCGACCUACAAGAGAAUAAUGGUGUGUUGGCUGAGCGGUUAGCCUGCGUGAGCAGACGCAUCUUUCGGCUUUGGUUGCAAACGACGAGAAAAGUUACUUUUCAGGUGGAGGGAAGCGACAACCGCGGAGAUACGGCUGUAUUCAUAGAUUACUAGGGUCUUUAAGAUCCAACGACGCGACGGCAACGAGAACGUCGCUUAAAAAGUGAAUUUGCGUUCUUUCAGUCUUUAUCGCAAUUAUUCCUACCCACUUACUUUGUUAAAUGUAGGUGAACCCUCCUGAACUUGAAUUCCUGGGAACCGUAUCCAAAUUCAGAAAGAGAAAUAAGCUGUAGUCGUUGCUUGUUUACGUCCUCCAUAAAACGUGAAAUUAGACAUUUUCACGUCGUAGUCGUGCAAAAACGGCAACGAAAUGUAGAAAAAAGCGUGAUGCACGUGCAAAGUUGUUGUUUUGCGUAUUAAACCUAUUGCUCUUUUUGACGUUCUCGUUGCCGUCGCGUCGUUUGCCACCUUAACCGUACGAAAAUUUAGACAUUCGAAGAGGGAUAUUUAGACAUUUCGAGGUUGCAUGUGAACCUAGCGAGAAUAUUGAACGGUCCCAUGUGAACGAAGUGUUCGAUCAAAUUUUUCAACCGGUCGAAAAUUCGUCCGGUGCCGUGUGAACUUGACCGUAGACAAAACCUUUGGUCCAGUUUAUCUCUUCUCACCCAGGCCCCUUUGUUCAAAAGGUGGAUAACGCUAUCCACUCGAUAAAUCUCUAUCCAGUGGAUAACCCAAAAGAUUUCCCUAACAUUUAUCCGCUGGAUAGUGAUUUAUCCGGGGGAUAGCGCUCUCCAUCGUUUGCCCCGUCCGGGCCAGAUGUUUAAACGGAUACCGGCGGCAACAUACUACUGUGGGUAUCAAUUCGGUGGACUACUAACUUCCAACUUUUGUUUGUUGUUAUUGUAAAGCUUGGAGGAUCUAAGGCAGAAGAUCAACUCCGGGGUUAGCAGAGUUGAUGCUGAAGAAGCCGAAGUGUCAGUUGGAUCGUAUUGUGUCGCAAAGUUUUCAGAGGAUGACAAGUAAGUUAAGCUAAUCAAGUCAGCUGCUAGUGUUAUGCUGAAACAGUGUAGUAGUCGUUUGCAACUUCCAUGAGAGUUCAAAUUUAAAGACUGAAAAAGAACGUAAAAAAGCUAUUAAGUGUUGUGUUGUGAAAUACUGCAUUAUGAAUAGUAACGCCUGAAAGAACUGUCAAUUCGGUUUCGUUUCAUUAGUAAAAACCACAUAAUAGACGGCGAGCAGUCUCUCCUUUGAGACCGAGUGGGAGUGAAAGCGAAUGUGCGAGCCGGAGCAGCGAGUUGUGCGUGCGCUAGUACGAGCGAAAAGAGCAUUUCUGAAGCCCAACACUUCGGUGACAAAGUGUAUUCGUUCGUACUGGCUCCAGCACAACUCGCUGCUCACGGCUACAGCGCUCGCACACUCGCAUUCACUCUCGCUCUAAGAUUUUUGAAGAGAGAUUUUCUCUCGCUUAUGUGCCACAUUAGGUGUGGUACCUUCACUUGGGUAGCUUUACAAGUAUGAAAACACUCAGAGAAUUUAAUCAAUAACUUUUUUUCUCUUUGCAAAAAUAGGUGGUAUAGAGCCCGUGUCAUGGGGAGCAGGCCUGAUGAUGAAUAUGACGUCUUCUAUGUUGACUUCGGUGAUCGAGAGUGGGUGACAAGAGAUAGAAUUGUCCCAGCAUGGAGCGGCAUUCUACAGCUCCCUCUUCAGGCGAUAGAAUGCUCUCUUGUUAACGUCCAACCCAUUGGUGAGCAUUAAUCAUCAAUGAACUGUACACCGUAAAGUAGCAUGAUAAUGUAGCCGACAUUCCUCGACUCCCGAUAACUCGAACCUUCAAGGGAAAUCGGAAAAAGUUCGAGUUAUCGGGAGUUCGAAGCAACUAACCAGAAGUAAGGAAGUGGGAUAGGGAGGAACGCAAGUAUCAUGCACACUUCACAGUACAGCGCUAAACAUUUUUUCAUUUGUAUUGGGCUGACAAAAAAAAGCUAUAAAGACAAAAGAUACACAAUUGUUUUGAAAUAAAUUUAGUUUUUUGGACUGUACUUAAUUCACCGAUAUUUUUUCGACAUGUCACGCGCUUAAAACGUGGUUCGAGUUAACAAGGGUAAAAUUGUUUCGAGUUAGCGGGAGGUUCGUGUUAUCGAGGGUUCGAGUUGCCGAGGGUAAAAUUAUAGUAAAGGUAUGAAGGAAAUCCAGGGGUAAUUGACUUUGGUUCGAGUUUAGCGAGGGUUCGAGUUAUCGGGAGUGGACUGUAUAACCGAAUUAAAAUUUUACGCUCGGGUAGAUUUUUAAAUAAACCAAUCCGAUGACGAAGCAAAUCUGUGUAGCUCGCGUCAUGCAGGGGUGGAAAACGCACGUGACUAAAUCAUGGUUGGGUUUGUUUUCUUCACAGAAAAUGACUGGAGUGAAGAAAGCGGUGAGGCAUUCUGGGAAAUGGUAACUGAUCAGCUGCUUGUUGCCAAGGUAACCGUCAUAAAUACAAUAUAUCUGAUAACUUUUAUUUUUUGAUUAACUUGGAUUUUAGAUGACAUGAAUGAGUCCCAAUAAUUACGUCAGCAACAAUUCAACUGUAAUAUGGUAAUAAUAACUGAAAUUCUAAUCGAGUCCUUUUGCUGCGGUAUAACGUCUUUUCCCCUGGGAGAAAGUAAAACUGCAUGUGCGUAACCGCUUCUUCAUCCUUAAGUUUAUCCUUAGACACACAUCUGUAUCCACAGAAGCGUCAAGAACGUUCAUAGUAAGCGACUGACAGGAUAGAACAACCAGUCUGUAAAAAGGCUAAAAUUUCUCACCUAAAAGAUGCAACGCGCGCGAUGAAUUACGCGGAAAUGAUAUUGUAACCGCUUUUACCUCUACCUUUCAACGUAGGUUAAAUCUAAAAGUGCAUCUUUAGUUACCGGAAGCCACAGAUUUGAAAUUGAGCUUUAUGACACCAGUACAGAACAUGACGUCAUCAUCAGUCACGAGAUGGUCGCAAUAGGACAUGCGCAGACAACACCUGAGGCUACCAAGGUUUGUAUAGAGACCUUAGCAUCGUAUCAUACUGGGAGCCGUGUAUUUUGGAUCUCUGUUGCUAUCGUAAAGGUGUUAAAUGUUAUGACUAGUUCGCAGGUUUUGAUUGAUGUAUUUUUUCCCCCUAAAUCCAGUUUUUGUUUGGAGAUGCAACUGACGAGCAGGAAUGUUAUGAUGUAAGUACAGCCUCCUGUGGUUCUAUGUACGAGAAAUGGUAGGCACGUCUGUGUCUGUUCACUUCUCUUUCUGAAGGGACAGAAUGCGCGGAGACACGUGAUUUGCAGAUAGACUGAUCUCUGUCUCAUAUUCACUGCUAUAUGUAGUUUCCUCGGUACGGCAAUUCCCUUGCGCUCAAGGAAGAUUUAGUUCAGCUGGAAAAUGAUAGUCUCGAUUUUGUCCAGAAUUAUAUCCGACCACAGUUAAGAUUUCGUCGAACAUGAUUUGCAGCUCUGGUAUGUUGUAUUCUGUUGGAAUGGAUGUAUCAUCAAACGCUAUCAACAGGUGGAAGAGAAAUAACACCUGUCUGAUUUUGCUUUUGCGGUUUUUAUUCUUCAGAAUCUCAAAGAAAAGGAAAAUAAAAUGAAAAGUUCAAAUUGGCAACAUUUUAAAAACUGAUUAAUUUCACGUCUAAAGCAGUGUAACUCAAAAUGUAAAAGGUUAAAGGACUCCUCAUUCACUUGGUUUCCAAGCAUUUUGUGUUAUUGUUUGGGAAUUUUUUUAAUCAUGAGGAAAAUCAUUUGUCGCAACAUGGUCAACACGCAUGAUGGACAAUAACAUUCCGGUGUGCGUUGCUAUAGCGACAGACACAGCCACGAAAUAUUGACUACUCUUACCUCGUACGAGAAUAGAGUGUUUUCACAUGACGUCACGGCGGCCAUAUUGGUGUCCCAAAACAAUGAAACGGCGGCCAUGUUGGUGUCCCAAACCAAUCCUCUGGGAAUGGAACUCUUUUCUUAUGCAAACGCUUUCUUUCGUUUCAGUAAAUUUGCAUAGAUGCUAGCCACGUGAGUGAAAACACUCUAUACCGUGUUCUAAUUAAGAAUUUACUUAUCUGGCUUGUUGUUAAUUGCAUCUGAAAUUACGUCUUUGCUUAAUUAAACGACAACUCCGGAGAAAAUCUCCGGCGCACGGCUUCAGUUCGCUGAGACGGACAUGUCUGGCUUGUAUGGAGUGAAAAACAGCCGACUGGAGAACACUAGGGACCCAGAGCCCGCUAGCCUUUUCCAGGUGUUCAAAUACUGCGCAGCAGUGAAAAAGGAAGAGCUCUGUAGCUAAAUUUCUCCUCGUGUCCUUUCUGCAUUGUCUACGAAGCCGGCCCACUAUCUGAAAGCGUUUAAAAGUCUUCAUAGACCCACUCUAGGUGUCCGUGUUGAGGCCGCAGUGUCUCGAAAAGUACUAUAAAUUAUAUCUUUGUCCCUAGAAUCGAACGUUAGGGCCUAAGUACAGAUCCCCAUAAAUGACUGAGUGUGAAAGUGUUUAUUGAAGACCGCUGUAUUUAUUUUAGUGACAUUGAGUUCCCUUGCUUUCCAGUUUCCUUACCAGAGAAUACCACAGAUGUGUCUUCAAGUCCAUCAAUGCAGGGUAAGGUGCCAUACAACUACACGGAACGACUGAAAAGUAUUUCUUAGAACUUUGUUGCUGUUUAACAUUACUGUGCUCGCCAUAUACAUUUGGUGUACAGCGCCUGGAAGAGGAAGGGCGAUUUGACCCGUGUUUUAUCAUUGUUUCAGGAUGCUGCGAGGAAAGUAGACAUUAUCAAGGAAAUACAAAGUGUCGUAAUGAACAGUGAAGGGUGAGCGAGCUUUUUCUUUGAGAGAUUAUCCCAACAGACUUUGACCAAAGCUUUCCUUAACCCUUUAAGUCCUUACGUUUCAACAUUUUUAGAGCGAAUACCCUUAUUUUUCAACCUAUUACAUUUCGUAUGGUGUUGGCGGUGAUCGUUUUCUUUAUUUUCAUAACCCUCAUGUUUGACUGAGCAGAGAUAUCAAAAGGUUCCCGUUUGUAAGUAAGCCUAGUACACGUACGGUAUUAGGGGUGUAGCAGGUACUAUGCGGUGGAUUUACUGUGUGCUAAGAUCUAAUUCCUCCUGAUAACUUAUCACUUUAGACGUAGAUAACGACAUUUCCACUGCUCAAUCUUGGUUUUCAUUAACCCAUAGAACAGUUAAGAGCCAAAUCCACAAUUUACCAAAAACCAGAGUAAUAUAAUGUGUAUUACAUUUUCUACUCCUUCUAACUCCUGAGUAAGAGCAAAAAUAAGCGGUAGAAAAGUUCGCUUUCAAUAAUUUCGAUGGAAAUCCAGUGUGGUGGCCACCUAAGUCCAAGCUGUUUCGUACAAUUUCACCUAACAUCAAAGAAUAUACUCAACUAGUUAAGAGCGGAUGUCAGUAAAUAUCGACCAGAGGUCUACAAAACUGAAAAAUCGAAAAUUCUCAAAAAAAUUCACAAAGUAGCACUAGGUAAGCUAUUAACAUAAAUGUAAUUUUUACUUCGAUCCGAUAAUUAUUUUCUACGUACGGGGGGGUUAUUGGUUUCGCGGCUCUCGGACCGGGUUUUCCAGGCCCGAGACCAUGUGUCACAAAAAAAUCGUUUUAAAAUUCAAAUCCAUUGUAAUGUGGACAACAAAUAACUUAUUCAGAAGAGUACUUAAUUGCACACAUUCUAAGUGGUGAUUUACUCAGUUUGAACGAAAGUGUAAUAUUUUGGAGAUUUUUCAUUAUUUUCAAUAUUUUGAUCGUUUUCGUUCAAUGAAAAAAUGGCAAAUUUCAAAGCCCAAAAUCGUCGACUGGUACCUCGAUUUCAGUAACGAGUCUUAUACCACGUUAAAGAACGUUAUCUCUUCUUUCAAAAUCUGUUUUCAAAACCACGGGCAACUUAAAAGAAAAUUUUUGAGGCCAAAAAAUACUAGUAGUACUUUUCUGAAAUUUGAGCUUUCCAGACUCAGCGGGUCAAUGCUAAAAACUCAGAAAAAUGCAAUAAGAAAUCAGUUUGAGCAACAGUGAUUUAACGUUAUCAGCUAUCAGAAACCAACACGUGUUUAUCGAGCGAUCUGAUAAAAUUUAAAGCCGUUUUCCAACAAGAAAAGCAGAGUUUAGCCAUCUUCUGCUACCAAACGCACGAGUGACGUAAGGUUGUCAAAGGGCAAAGCACAAUAAUAAACUUCAAAAAGCACAAAGUUUCUGCGUCCAGGAAUUAGACUUUAGCGGACAGAACAAUGCCUACGAGUGUAUGUUUCAUACCUUAGCAUGGGUUUCCUAGAUAAUGGAGAUAAAAACAUCAAGGACAGCAUCGGCAAGACCAUCUUCGGCUGCUCUCAAACGACGGAGAUUGCGUUACUUUUCACAGAUUGACCGCUUACCACCUGUUUUUGGGCUCGCAUUUCGACGGAACGCUUGCCUCGAGAGGCGCGGGGCACGGAUCUGAACUCUUCUUCACGAGACAUUGAGCUGAAUUUAUCGGAAAUAUGCCACCACCAACAACAACAUGAGCUUUUUUUUUCGGUAUUUGUCGUUUUUAUGCGAAAAGUUCGGGUAAGUAGAUUCUUGCAAAAACCAUUUGGCUUAAAAAAUGUGUUUAAAAGCCCACCCUGGAUUUGAAGCAAAAAGUAUUUCCUCGAAAUAAGCUAAAAAUACCCAAUUCACGCGGUGAAAAAAUGGAUGAUUAUGGAAGGAUUAUCGAAUUCUUGCCUAACCUGAGGGAUUUCUCGUGAUGUAGGAUUAGGGCUAGGAAAAAAGCUCAUAACCUGCUCCUGUCGUUGUGAAUUUCCUCAAGAUCAAAAAUUUCAGUAAGAACCGAAAACAACAGCUUAAAGGAGGUGCACACACCUUGAACUAGCCAGGGAAAAGGGGCUUCUGAUUGAGCUAAACUGUCUUUGAUGCACGGUGCAAUUAGGUAGACCUGUUACUAUCCCCCGCGCAACCACAUGGGGAGUACUUUGAAGCGGUCCUGUCGGGGACUUUCGGGGGUAGGGGGCGGGGCAAAUCGAAAAUAACUUCUCUUUGUUUUUGUGAAGUACAUCAUUUCUCGCACGGUUGACAAGGUGACGGCGGACUCCGUACCUUUGAAAGGCCCUUUUGAAACAUGUCCUGGCAACAUGCAGGAAUCACGAAAUUAACGUCAACACCUUGAGUCAACUCCAUGAACAGGAGAGGCGAUAAGUCCCAUCUUGUCUAGACGUGAAUAGUCUGUCCACAGUCAUUUUUCAUUUUGUAUUUCGGGACCGUUUGACAGCGUACGAGUGAACUGGAGCGCAGUAACGAGCCCUAACCCCACCCCAUUGCCCUUGCGGUCAAUAAAUCAUCGCGUUUUUCAUUUUUUUUAUGCGCGUUCGAGAACCUCCAAAGGGAAUAUUGAGGGUCUUUGUACAGUUUCAGUUUAUUUUACCGACAAAAAAGAACAAAACAAAGCAAAAGACAAGUAUACAGAAACACGCAGAAGCAAUGUGGUGAGGAAGCCCAAAAAGAAACCAUAAGGCUUAGGUCAUCCCCUUUUCGUUCGUUUAGCGUCGAAUAGGUUUCCUGGCUUUGGGUGGGUCGGUCGGUGGGGUGAAAAAAAAAUCACAAGAAAUCUGAGAACGGGAGGCCUGAAACACCAGCAUCAUUGCCGUGGAGACUGAAAACAACAAGACAUGGUCGACCAAAUCGACACAAAUUUAAUAUGGGGGAAAAUUUGAUGGUCAAUUUCAUAAAAAAAGGCCCAAGAAGGGUAAAACGCAAAGAGGAUAUACCACCGAACGUUUUAUGCCUCGAAAUGAUGUUAUAAUGCUAAUUUUUUAGAUUAAAAGAAUUAAUCUAAGUCCAAAAAAAAUAAAACUUGUCGUUUCUUUUUCUUGCUUUUUUAAAAAAGGCCAAAAAACUGGGUCUUUUGGUCGACACUAAACGAAGAAAAAAUUAAUAUAGGAAUUAAGCUACCCUAAAGUAUAAAAGUAUAAGUUUACAAGGACAGGAUCGAACGUAUACUGAGUAACUAAAUGAGAAAAAUUUGAUCAAAAUCAAAUGAAAGGCUAAGAGCCUAAGCGCUGUCUGAUAACGAAACGGUAAACAAGAAGUGCUGCCUCUCAUUUAAAAGAGACGUGAAAUACUGGGUGGACCACAUCCUGAACUCCCGCGGAAACCGCAAGAGAGGAACGCUCAUGGCUAAGGAGACUAAACAGGGGCGUAGCUACUUGUACGCACGGGUGCACGUGCGUGCCCGAAAACAUUGAGGAAAAAAAAUAGAAUGAAAUAAACAUAACUAAAAAAAUCGGUUUCCAGAGAAGCGACGACAUUAAUUGGAGAACCGAAUCUUGGAUGAUUUAUUUAUAUAGCAAGCUUGAUGAUGUAAAGCGUGAACGCGUUGUUUUCUCCACGACGUGUCUUCGGAGUGGACGAAGUAGAGCAUAAUUACGUCAAUGUGUGGUGCUUUUGUCGGUAAAAAAUAAUGUGACAAAAAGGGGUAAAAAGAGUCAUUUGUAAACUAAAGUCGGAGGUACUACAAGCUUGAUUUUUAAUAGCUGAAUUAAUGAUAAACGGUUGACGUCAAUGAACAUAACAAGCCGACAGAAUUAAAGAAUUUUAGAGGUUGUGUCAUUUCAUAAACAGCAAAAAUGCUUUUGCUUACAACCGUUAACCCCACCUUUAAUAAAGGCAUCUUAAAAAAAUGUUGAGAUUUGGGGUGGGGGGGGGGGGGGGGGGGGGAAGAAGAUGUAGAAAAAGUUGGGCGUAGCUCCGGAAAAAUCCUGACUACGCACCUGCUAAAGCCUGAAACUGAACAACAGGAGUCUUGACGAAACGUCCUCAGUUAUCACCUGUCCGGGGUCGUACUUUCAAGGAAACGCUGAUCAAGAAUCACUCAUGACGGAAUGAAAACUCCUCGUAGCUUCCAGCGAAAAAAGGAGUGACAACAGUGGUAAGCGGUCGUUCUGUGAAAUGUAACGCAAUCUUUGCCGUUUACGAUCUUUCGGCACGUGGAUUUGAAACGUUGUUGUUUGGUAUGUUCUCCCGUGUGGAUACUCGACAUUUCCAACAUAUGGAAACACCAUGCUAAGGUACGAACAACAGACAUUCACAACAUUGUUUUGUACGCUAAAAUCUGAUUUUAUGGACGUAAAACGUUUUGAAUUUUAAGACUUUUUAUAUUAGUGCUUUGCCCUCCCUUUGACAACUUCACGUGACUGGUGCACUUGGCAGGAGUUGACAGCUUAAAUCUGCUUUUCUUGAUAGCAAACGGCAUUAAUUUAUAUCAGAUCGCUGUAUAAACACGUUUUGGUUUAUGAAAGCUGAUAACAUGAAACCACUAUUGCUCAAACUGAUUUCUUACUGUAUUUUUCCAAGUUUUUAGCAUCGGCCCGCUGAGUCUGGAAAGCUCAAAUUUCAGAAAAGUACUACUUGUAUUUUUUGGCCUCAAAAAUUUUCUUUUAAGUUGCCCGUAGUUUUGAAAACAGAUUUUGAAAGAAGAGAUAACGCUCUUUUACGUGGUAUAAGACUCGUUACUGAAAUCGAGGUACCAGUCGACGAUUUUGGGCUUUGAAAUUUGCCAUUUUUUCAUUGAACGAAAACGAUCAAAAUAUUGAAAAUAAUGAAAAAUCUCCAAAAUAUUACACUUUCGUUCAAACUGAGAAAAUCACCACUUAGAAUGUGUACAAUUAAGAACUCUUCUGAAUAAGUUAUUUGUUGUCCACAUUACAAUGGAUUUGAAUUUUAAAACGAUUUUUUUGUGACACAUGGUCUCGGGCCUGGAAAACCCGGUCCGAGAGCCGCGAAACCAAUAACCCCCCCGUACGUGGAAAAUAAUUAUCGGAUCGAAGUAAAAAUUACAUUUAUGUUAAUAGCUUACCUAGUGCUACUUUGUGAAUUUUUUUGAGAAUUUUCGAUUUUUCAGUUUUGCAGACCUCUGGUCGAUAUUUACUGACAUCCCCUCUUAAGUCUGUUUGAAGUUGCUGUAUUGCUAGAAGGUUUAUCCGAGUAUCUAAUCCAUAUGCAUUUAUCUUUAGGUAUAAGGAUGAUAUACGGGACUGUGGAGGAAUCCAAGCGCUAUGUCGGCUAUUGAGUUUAAACAGAGAUCCGCUGGUGCUACAGCACAUUCUUACAAGUCUUGCCUCUUUAGCUUUUGGUAACGACAGGUCAGUUUGGUGUACUCUUUCUAGUUUCUAUGACUGAAACGUGCUUUGCAUUUCGUAGAACUCUAACUGGGGUAUGAGUAUCACUGUAAAGGACUUGUAAGCAGCAUGACCAAGCGGUUAGAGCGCUGUCAGACUUUUAAUUCGAAGGCCCCGAGUUCAAGUCCCGCGAGCCCUGACCGCUAGCUGGAUUUGAUCUCGGUAGUCCCGAGUUCGGCAACGCUUGUGAAAUAGCCAGCUGGUUCGCCUUCUACCAGUUGGGAUUUUUAACCAUGUUAUGUUAAAUUACUUUCAAAUUAUUCGUUUCAUUAUCCCUGAAAAGCCCCAUUAGGGGAGAGGAUAAUUAAAGUACUAUUUGUAUUUAUUAUUUAUUCCCUCUUAAUGCUUAAUCAUUUCUAGUCAUGGCAGCAAUCAACGUACCACGGAAACGGUUUUUGUCUUGUGCAAAUCUUUCUUGUCUCUGUGGCUACAGACUGCUCGCAGUCUCUUAGUUAACUGAAAAGUUGCUGAGGUAGCACGCGUUAACACAUGGACGCGAGGUGGUAGAAACUAUGACAGACUUUAAGAGAAAAGGUAGACCGUAAACAGUCCGUCGUAGCUGUCAUCCACCUCGCUUACUUUGUUCCCUUAAUCCAUCUUAUUCGUCUUCUAACUCUCUAGGCUCCCCGCUUGCCCCUGGCAUUGCUCCCUCCAAACUCUUCCUUAUCAAAGUCCCUCGUGCUGGUUGGUGUGUCAGUAAAACUUCAGACGUUGUUUGGUGAUGACGCUCUUCAGCUAAUUCUCCUCGAUGUCCUGGAUUGUUGUUUUGUAAAAUGAACUUUUAGUUGCGCUAGGAAAGACAUAACCUAAACCUGUAACUUCAAGCCUUCCUACUCGUAUAAAACCAAAGUCGAUUUGGCAGUGCUUCAAGGUGUUAUUGGUUGUUUUUGUAUAUUAUACAAAAUAAAAUUUGGAACUUUUUUUUUUCGCAAUUUGAGGCGGCAAGGCCACAAGUCCCGGCGAGACAACGCGGGGACGGGUCGCCGCGAUGAUUCGCUUCGUGAGACAUGGGAAAUUUUUGUGAAAGUCCUGUUCCUCACACUAGAAGUUUUUUGCCCGCGACAGUCGCCCUGAUAAUUAGUAUUGCUCACUUGUUUUAUCAGUAUAUCCCUGUGCAUUACGUAUCUUCGUGGUGUGUUCAUUUUCAGUAACUGUGACGAAGUGAGAAAGCAAGGAGGACUUCAAACAAUAUGCUAUCUCUUAGGAAAGGUAUGGUCCUUUUACUCUUAGCAAAACACCCUUUUGUGUCAAUGAAACGUUGGAAGGGGCGAAGAAAUGUUGAACUCGAUCCAUUAUGGGGAACAAAAACAAUAAGAAUAAGCACAAGGCAGUUCUUUUUCCUGCGGGUAACACGAUAUCAAGGUGACGGAAAAAGCUGAAAAGGGCAUAAAGUAAUACUUACCCCAACUUAACAUAGUUACUAGGACAUAUCAGUAAUUGAAGUAAACCCCUUUAGUUGAUACCAUUGCCAGAAAUCGUGGACAUUUCGCGCCCGUGAUUAAUUGUCAGCGGAAUCUCAUUUUCAAAAUGACGGACAAAAACGAUCGUGGUCAGGGAAAGCGUAUCCCCUGCGAUUUUUAAAAUAAUUUGAGCUCUGUGGAUCUGUUUUACGAAGAAAAAAGCUGGAAUAAAACACCUUGCAAGAAGAUGUUAGGUUUAUACUCGGCCGAGCGGCUGAUAGCAACAAAACAGUACGCGGAUGUACCUUUCGUGACAUUUUCGUGACAAUUUUGUUUUAAAACCAAGCCUGGUAGGCUAAUCGAGGAUUUUUGAAUGCCUGGAACCUAGUUUAUAUCCCGUGAAGCAUCUCUGGAGUUGUAGCAACAAACAAAAUGGCGAUUCGGUGAGGUUUGGAGUUGUGAAGCUUUGCCCGACCGAAAUGUGUCAUUCGCAACUAUGUCGUCCAUUACUGGACUACAGAUGGAAAACUGAGGGAAAUAAUGCGCCUUUGGAAGUAUUUUGCAGUGUCAAAAUCGUCCUUUUUACGACUGUUUAGGAAACAUCUUAGAUCGCAGAAGUGAUAUCGAGUCGUGCAAAUUUACUUCAUUGAAGGGUUUAUCCUCUAAUCGACGAGUAUUUCGCGUGACUUCGGCAAGAUUUUAAGACAAUGUAUGGAGAAAUGGAGCGUACAACGGGAGAUAAAAGUGGCCACUUCGGGAAGUAAGUAAACCUACUUCUAAUUAGCCAUUUUUAACCCAGAUGCAAAGGUUACACAGCACUUAACAUGUUUCGAGUCGUGCACCGAAGACCCGUAAGCUCAUAGUCGAUAUAUUUGAACAAGUUUCCUUAUCUCCAUACAUUUUCUUGUACGAAUUCGCAGCCAUUAUGGCCUUAGUGCGCACGCGCAAGCGCCAUCUUGUCCCUAAUUUCUGGCAAUGGUCUGUAGUUGUGUUCACAAGAUCACCUCGUCUUCUCGAUAUCUAUUUAUACCUCAAGCUAGGGAAUAUGAUCAGAGGGCAUAAUUGCAUACGUACAAGUUUUAAUGUAUUGUUCCAAACCAAUCAUAAUUAACAAGAUGUAUUCAAAGCUCUCUUUGUUGUCAAUGUUUGUAUCCAGAUUGAAGACAGCACUGUUCAAGAAAGCCUGGCAUGGGGGAUCAAGAACCUUUCAGCCACAGAAAAGUAUGGAUUACAUUUUUUGAGUUUAUUACUAUUAUCAUCAUCAUCAUCAUCAUCAUCAUCAUCAUCAUCGUCAUCAUCAUCAUUAAUAAUUAUUAUUGUUUGCUAUACCGUCUUUUCAAUUUAAGUGUUUAUGACUAGCAAUGUUUGUGGUAUAACUUUUGCGGUUUUGCUUGCAUUAUCAUACCACCACCCUUCAAAUUGCUGCACGGAAUAAACCCAAAGAAAAAUAAUGAGCAAAUUCAAACGCACACUGCUUUUAAAAGUACGUUGCUAUUCUGACAUUUUGUUGUAUUUCCUGAACAGAAAUCAAAGCGAAGUCAGUAACCGGGGUGGAAUCAAAGCUUUGUGCGGACUGCUAAAGAUGGCCGCCAAUGAGAAGGUCAGUUGUGCUCAGCAUUUAAAAGGCAAAUGCAACAGUUAAUGUAGAAUACAUAGGUUUCUAUGGACGUGGUGGUUGCCUGAUAAUCGGAUCAUCAGACAUUCAUUCUUCAGAGGACGGCUCCCGAUGCAAGGUUCGAAACUAGAGAUAAUACAAAUAUCGUUCAAUCGAAUCCAGGAUUGAGGAGACUGGGAAAGAAAGAAGUGCGGGAGGGGUGUUUUAGGAAAGAAAGUAUAAGUAUGCUUUCAAGACUUACAGAAUUUGGUGUUCUUUUAUUUUGAGGUUCAAGAGAGAGUUGUAUGGGCCCUUGGUUCUCUUGCUAAAGAUCAUAUUAGGUAUGGGCUUUUAGAUUGUUUUGUUUGCUUGUGUGUACGUUAUUCUCACUUAAUUUCGCGAUUUUCGUGAUUUGGGAAAAAUCGCGAAAUUUGAUACUCGCAAAAUCUUAGAAUCCCUGAAAAUCCCUAACAGUUCUCUAAAAAUCCCUAAAAAUCGCGAAAUUAAAUACUCACGAAAUACGGCCCAUAAGUCAGAAUAAGGUAUUGAUUUGCUCGCACUACUGAGCUGUCUUGAUUUUUAGGUGAAUACGAAUUUCUUGGUUGUUUUUCUUCUUUCGGUGGCAUCGCCAUUUAUUUAUUUCUUUACUUGUGUACUUUUUAGAUCAUAUAAGGGAGUAACGGAGUAUCCCCUAUCAUCCUUCUCCCCAACCCCAGCAAGAAAUCGAAAUUGUCUGUGACAAAAAUAAAAUGUAAUUUAACGUUUCGCAACGAGUUCAAAACAAACAAUUUGCAUUGGCUUACAAGUCCACCUCUUUCUGUAACUUUUCAUAGCAAUUGCCAAGCUGUACAAGUGUGUGGAGGUCUUAAAACCAUAUGCGAACUGAUAUCUGCAACGAGUAAUGAAAAUGUCCUGGAACGAUCUUUGUGGGCAUUGGGAAUGCUUGCUAAUGAUGUCAAGUGAGUUUCAAAUUUCGUUUGUCGUAGUUCUUAUUUUGUUGUUUUAUGACCAAUUUAAGGACGGUGCCCACUAUUGUUACUGCGCUCAUUUUCUGCGCAUGCCAAAGUAGUCGCGCGCGACGCGAAAGAAAUGCGCAACACGCAGGACACGCGGACUGGUUUUGUCUCCUGUAAGUCUGGGAGGUUCUAGUUAUUUCUUGUGGAAAAGAUGCGUCCUUUUUCAACAGGUGAAAAAUAAUUUCUGUUUACCUUGUCAGUUCUUUGAAAACCGAAGAAGUAUGCGCAUGUUGCUAUUUCUGUCGUAUGGUCGAUCUGACCAAACAUUUUAUAGUCAAACAAAAGUCAGUUUUAAAACAUCAAAAAUUAUUGCUUCGAGAUGUUACACUUGGAGCUUGGGUAUUAAACAAUCCCUUAAUAGGCAAGGAUUAGUAAAACAGAAGGAAAAUAGCUCUAAGUCCUCCGCUUAAUCGAGAAACUGCAAGCUUACCUUUCACUCGCAUCCUUCGCGUUUUAUCGGCUAAUCGGCUAUAAACACUUUCCCGAAUAUUUCUUUCAUUUUGUAAGAUUUUAUGUAAUUAUUCACCAGAAGAUAGACUUAAAGCGUUCGAGUACAUACAGAUGUCCCUUUUAUCGAGAGUCCGAGGCUUCUAUUUGUCGAACAAACAAGAAAAAAAUUAUCACAAGAUUGUUUGGAUUGCUGAGAUCGCAGCUUCACAAAUAGUUGCGGACCGCUAAGGAAACGCUUUCAUCGUGGAAAAAAUCGUAAAAAAUUGUUAUGCUUUUUACUAUUAUCAUUGUUAUUUAAGCAUUUUGGCAGUACUAAGCAUUAAAAUUAUUGACUCAUUGGGUAGCUUGUCGUGUAGAUAGUAUUUCUUAAGGUUCAAUUUCACGCCACACAUAAUCUGGACAUUUAGACAUAGCUGCCAUUUAGCUGUUUACAAACUAAAGAUGGACGGUAAAUAAAGUAUUUCCAUUCUAAGACUUUCUUAGGUUUAACAGACACUGUUAAGUCUAAAAUUAACAUUUAGGAACGAAAAAUAGUGAAUGAACGUGACACAGAAUGCUACAGUAAAAAAAUCAAAACGAAAUAUAUAAAAUGAUCAUUAUAGCCCAGUUUAUAAUUGAGGGUACAUAAACGCAUUCGGUACAACUAGUUUCGGAGUAUUCUGCCUUUUUAAAAGAGAUCUCAUGAUCGUGUAUGGAACUUGAGUCUAUAUAUGCAAAUCAUUUAUGUCAUAUGAAACUUGUGGCAAAGCCCGAAAGAGAUAGCGCAAAGCACAGAUAUAAGCUCAUUGAAUGCAUGCAAGUGCGAGGACAUAUUCGAUCGAGGUACCCGGUAAAAUGAUAAAAAACGAUAGAAGGUUUACAAUCCAUACAUCUACAGUUAAAAAAAUCUUGAGGACAUGUACAGGUAAGCAAACGAUUGAAGGAGUACCUGUCUAAGAGUCCGUGCCGACUAUUUUCCACUAUAGUACAGUAGUUUGUUUACAGCGCCAGCCUUGGAUCUUGAGCUCGCCACACUACCCUAUGUGCGCUGGAAGUAAUCUUUAAUACCUUGGAGAUUGCUCUUCUCCAAAAAUUUUUGUUAAAUGUUUCAGACGGAGAAGCUCCAACUGAAUGAAAUAGUACAAUUUGUUUUCCUUAUAGUCCAUGAAAUGUCCUGCUUCACUUUCUGUUUUUACUCUCUUCCGUGGGUUGUUGUUUUCUGACUGUCAGCCAUUGUGGAUAUCCCAGAAUACUCCGCGUUGAGUGAAGCAAUAGUGAAACUGACCAGGGAGGGGAUGGGAAAAAUUGUAAAUAACCCCCAAAGCGAUUAGGUUAAGGUCGAAACCAACCAAUUUAACUCCAAAAAUGCGUGGUAACCCCUACUUUUUAUCUUACCAAAUGAACGUAAUAAGCCUACUCAGUAAACUAUCAAUUUUUGGUUCGGGGAAAAUCUCGUUUACACUAUUUUUAAGGCAAACGCGUGGAGAGGGGUAACUGCUGAUAACUUCCCAGUUGUGCUAAUAUUUCAGAAAAAGACGUAUAAAUAGCAGUUGUUAUGUUAUCAUUUGUUGCUUAUUUUGAAACCUUGUUGCAAUUAUCAUUGCAUUUGUGCCAGUUUACGUGUGUACUCUGAAAUUUGGGGGGAAAAUAACUUUUUAUUAUUUUUCUAAAAAAUGCCUAUUCAGCGUUUUUCUCCUAAUUGAAGCGCAGUUACCUCUGAAAAAUGCGUGGUUACCCCCCGUUUUCUUUUUGGAUUUCAAUAGCCGCUGAUAUGAUCUACUUGUCUCGCAUAGUCAUUAUCUGGGAAAAAAAUACUUCCCAUUAGUGGGCACCGUCCUUAAUUAUCCCACUUUUUACAGGACGUCCUGUUCAAUAGACCAUUUCGAAAGUACUGUAUUUUUUUGUUAGUGCAAGUUUGGGUAGUGGCUGAUGUGAGCCUGACAGUAUUCCAUAGUCUGCCUUUUUCACAACGUAAACUGCAUGCGCAUGCGUCAACGUCUCAAUAAUUCUCUAUACAAAAGGUUGAGUUUGAUCGUCCAGGUGAACGUAGUCCUGAAUAGGACUGUUGUUGUUGACAGUGACUGACGUUUCGACAACCUGUGCGGUAGUCAUUUUCAGAGUCAAAGUGAGUUGUAUCACGUCAGUUGAUGGUAUUAUACUCGGGUAAUUGAUCUGAUUGGUCAAUUAUGUCGCGAUGUUAUUGGUCGUCUGUCAGUUAAGCCGUGAUGUUAUUGGCUAUGAAGACUCGUAAUCAGUGAUUGGUGCGUUUCGAUCCGUCUAUUGUCGUAGUUAAACAGUCGUCUAUUGUUAGUCAGAGGAGGACAGACAGGGAGCAGUAUACAAGAUCAAAUGCUGCGACUGCCAGGCUUCUUCGAUCAAACUCAACCUUUUAAAAUGACUCCUGGGUUCAAACCUUUCACAAUUCUCUAUACAUAGUGCAUUCGCAUACCACGCACAAUGCUAACGUUUGGUUUCAGAGAUCUACUUCCCGUUUAUUUGAAAACUGAGCUCUUUAAAAACAGUCAAUAUGUAUAUAAAAAGCAACGUUCCAGCGCAAUUUACCCACACAAGGACCCUACUCUCUUCGUCUGUCCCACAAAGUAGACUGGAAUGAUUACACCUCGAUUGUAAGUUUUAUGGAAGAAGCUAUUUAGAGCAUUCUUGGACUUUCAUUUUCGUAGUGACCUGGAACUACAGUCAUGGACAAAAGUCUGGGCACAAAUUUGCAAUUUUGGGGCUUUUUUCAAUUCACAUAUGCCUAACCCCUCCUUCCCCCCUCCCCCACCCCCACCCCCACAAACAACGGUGGACGCUUGCGUCCAGAAUUUUUCCCGAGUUUCAACAUUGUAUAGGGUGGGGAGAGGGAGAACUGCUAGCAAAUUUUCGAAAAGGAUGCACCGUUUAUAAGGGCGCCCAGAAAUUUAAAGAAAAUUAAUACUGCAUUGCUGUUCCGGACAAUUGUCGAGGAUUGUAGUUAAGCAGUGAAGACUCAGUUUCUGAUCUUUUCAGCCUCAACAGGGAGCUAGUUCCAACUCUCUACCAAGUUUUUGCACGUGGUCCGUUGAAGCAAAGUAUUUCCGUGAGAAAUUGAUUCAUUGUGUUUAAUUUUAGGAACCGGAAUUUUAUUCGUCAGUACGGAGGCAUCGAAAACAUUUGUAAAAAGUUAGAGGAUUCACCCUCAGAACAGGUAUAAUAAUCUUCUGCAACCUUCAUGUAAAUAGGGUAAUGAGCAAAAAAAUACGUAGAUGAAACGAUUUUUAUAAAUUUGGUAUUGUACAGAGAACAGGAAAGGUUCACUAAGGUUCAUGUCUUACGAGCUUUUGCCCAACCCCAGAGUAAAGAUUGCCAUUUUUAGAGACACCCGUUUUCCUUUUGGGGCAUUUAGAACGCUUGAAAUGCGCAUGCCCAUCAAUUUUUGUGCUUAUAACAGUUGUUACUUAUAUCUCUUCAAGUUCAAUUCAACCAUGUAUCGCGUCAUCGCGUCACUGUUUAGUUAGAUCAUUUGUUCGUUUUGUUUGUUUUAAAAUGAACGUUGCAAGCCUGUUCACUUUGUUUUUAACUCGCUGUUCCGAAGAUAUUGGAUUAGCGUUCCUUUAUUUAUUGUCCACCCUAUUUAAAGUGUUUGUUUGUUGUUUUGUAACAGAUCCUCUAUCAAGGCGCCCUAACACUGAAGACCCUGGCUAGUAACAAUCGUUCCAACAAGGAAAUUAUGGACAAAUUCGGCAUCUUUGUUACACUUCAAAGGUUAGCUCUUUGUCCUCAUCAUUUCGUGUGUUUCCUUGUUUUUGAUCGUACACAUUAAAACAUCAAGAAACAACCCAUCUUUUUAGCACAGGAUUUUACCCGGGAGGGGUGCGAACACUCUAAAUUUUAGUCAUACAGGAUCUAUGCCCCGCCGGGGUAGGGUGGGCUGUGGUUUGAUCUCGAGGUGGUGUAGUAGAGUAUUCUUGUUCGGAUUGGGAGUCUAAGCCACCAUAGGCUUCAUUACCAGGCGUUACUGCGCCCGCUUUCCUUCAUUCAUGUCGACCGAACUCCCUGAAACGGCCGAAAAUCAAGCCUUAAGCUGCCGCCGAAAACCUUAACUCCUUCGUUAACUCACUUGCAAAACGACUCAACUAGGAAUCAUUUAUCAUUAUACCAUAAAUUCACCAUCUGCAAAUCUCACAUAAUACACCUUGCUUUCUCCCCAAAACUUCAAUUUCUCUUGGGUAUGGUUGUAAUACCCAGGAGAAAUUAAAUAACAAAGGCAAACAAAGUGUAUUGUGGGAGAUGUGCAAAUUGUGAAUGUCCUGCAAACGAAAGAAAUACAAAGCUACCCGUUUGGAAGAGUUACCAGUUUUUUUUUUUUUUCUUUCUUUUCAUUUUUAACCUUAAAUAGAUAUCUUUUAGCUCAUGCGCCUUAUGAUGUCGUAUGGGAAUUUGUGCACCUAUGCUCGUGAAAGAAACAGUACCUCGAGUAGCCGGUCACAUGACCGAUGUGUUGUUUCACUGGGAAAAAAAACCUCGCCUUCCCAAAACAAACAAACCAAACAUUCAAGCUUACAUCUGUGAUAUGUGGUAGUUUGAAUAUUAGAAGGAACUUAUACUUGUCCUUAAUCAUUUUAAUAAGGCUUAGCAUCAUAUUGUGACACAAGCGCGAGUCUUCGCUGUUGAUAGCACCAAUAUCUUUGGUGGAAAUAGUAACUGCGUUCCAUUGUAAUAUCAAGCACUCUUAUUGCAGGAUUAUGACAGAUGAGUCACUGAAGCUAGGCGUCAUUGCACGCCGUGUGUGCCUGGAUUUAUUACAACGACUCGGCUCAGCGGCCAGCGGUCUCCCAACAACAAGUCCAACAGCUCACACGUCUGUCACUAGAACCCAGGGAAGCUCGACCUCAACUGUCAGCAUCAAGAAGGAAGAGCCUGAGGUCAAAGUAGUCAACGGAGUAAAGGGUAGUGAUGAAGAUGAUGACCUACCCCCGCUCGGAGGGGAUGAGGACAUUGAUAAAGAAAAUGCCCCUGCGCGGGGUGUCAGCGUAACCUUGUCAUCCAACACAUUUGCUAAAUCCACUUUAAGACAAAUCCCAGCCCCGCAAGUGCCUCUAAGAAUUAAUGUCGCUUUAGAAACACCGAGGAAUCAAGCCGCGUCUGAUGGGGAUGGAGAUACAGCGCCAUAUAGGUUGGUUGUGACUUAUGUAUACUCGAUUGUGAAAACGCCUUACUUGAAAAUCAUAAACCAGCGAGACCAAAAGGCUUUCUGGGAAGUGUUUACGGCGAUAAGUGCAUUUGCGUAAUUGCGUAGUGAAAUUUGUCCCCUGGUAGUGUGAUUUUACACAUCCUCAUCAAAUCUUAUCUUGUGACGCCUGGCAUUUGUCUGUCCUCACAUGUCCUUACAUUUUUGUUUCUUUACUGUCAUCUAGGGUGCAUCCUAAAACAGUUUGGUCACAGACCAGGGAUCUGGUGCGAGUUUGCGUGAAGUUGCGAGGUGUGAAUGAGCGAAAAGUGCAAACCGAGAUCACUGACAGCAGGCUUAAGUUUAGGUAAAUACCCACUUAGAUGGUAAAUUCAGCUUGUGCUGCCUAGACUGGUGAGCUGUGGCCAGGUUGCCAUAGUGACCUUACCUAUUAGGAGAUUUUUGCCCUCUUCUGAAAGGAGGCGGGGAGGUAUUCCCGGGAAUUUUUGGUAGGGUGUGUGCCGCCCGAUUCUCCAAUUCCUCGUCCUAUUUCAGACUAAAAAAUGUUAUUUUUAACACCCGUUUUCAGACUGAGCCUCUAAAAUCCAUACCCGUUUCAGACCUUGUGUAGGUGGAAAUUAAGUCGUCAUCAUAUUUAGACUAGAGCUCAAACAAAAAGAUUUCUUAAAAUCCAUUUCGAAGGAUGUUACUCUUUCGUUCUGACUCACGUGGAAUCGAAACAAACACAUUCAUACACUCUUGUAGUUUGCUCAAAACCCAUACCCUAUUCCAGACCAAAAUGGGCAAAAUCUAUACCCGUUUUCAGACCGCAACGGCACAAAAACCCUACCCUUUCGGGCGGCACAUACUUAUAUGGCUUACAUAACGGAGUACAUUUUGCCCGCGCUGAUUCAGUGUGAAUAAACUUUUUACUCCAUUUCACCCUGAAUAUUUCAGUGAGCGCUGAGUUUAUUAGCUGGUGCCGCUUUUCUCUUUGUCCCUAGAACACGUAUGGGCCACUCUCUAUAUGAGCUGGACUUGGAACUGUUCGAGGAUGUUGACUCACAGGUAGGAAAUAGUUUUGUGAUCAGUAGACAAAGAUGUGAGUAUGAAAUACGCUGAACUCACGACGUCCCAGCUGCAGUUGGGUGCUGUAAUCACUGAGUAACCUUAGCCGAUCGCUCGUAAGACUCCAAUAUUAGGGUGGAUUUCCACUGUCGCAUAAUGUUACGUGCGCACUCGCAUAAACAGAGUAGAGGCAAUGCAUGGAAGGCCGCGCGGGAACGUAAAUACGCGCGACCUUUCAUACAUUGCCUCUAUUUUGUUUACCAGCGGAAAAUUUAGGUGCGAACGCGCGUAAAAAUUACGCGACAAUGAAAAUCCACCUUUAGAGUAAAAUGGAAAAGCAAAGCCCCAUCCCCCUGAGAUCAAGGAUAACGCCGCGCGAAAGUCAAGACGCUCCAUUUGCCCGUCCUUGAUUUGGGAGAAAGGGCGGGAGGGUGGGGCGGAGGGGUCUAAAUUUUCCAUUUAUUUUGCCCAAGAUUGUGGCACCCAAUCAUCUGAGGUAACCAGUUCGGCAUUACUUCCAUUUGUUUUGAUCGAAACAACAACAGUCUUCAUCGACUCCCUUUUAGAAUUAUUACACGACAAUGUUAUAUACAAGUAUAAGAUAAGAUAACGAGGCAGUUAAGUAAUUUAUUGGAGCUUAGAGGCUGAAGGAAUCGGAGAUUUUUGAGUUGGCCCCUAAUACUAUUUAAGUUCAUUUUUUUAAGAAAAGAGAAGCAGGGACGAGAAAAACUGGACCCGGAAAAUUGUGCAUGGUAAUGUUUCAAUUAAUAAGAUGUUUCUAUUCAGUUCUUUUGGAGUAUUGAUUCUGACAGCAAAUAACGCUUUAUUUCUUUGGCAAAAUAUAAUAUGCUGAUGCGUUUUAAGAAACGCAUAAUAUAAGGAAUAUAAAAGAUUUACUGCCUGAAAUUUUUGGUACAAAAAGUCACUUAUCGAUUCUUGCCGUCUCAAAUGGCUGAGGCCGAUCGGUGGUAUAUUGAACUCAUUGAAGGUUUUUUUCCUUUUUAGUUCUUCCAGCAAAGAGAGGAUGGUGUUACAGUGAAGGGUGCCGAGGUUCAAAUUCUGCUGAAGAAGAGAAAUCAUGCGGUCUGGACGCGGCUGCAGAAGAGCAAAGAAAAGGUAAGUGACAGACCGAUUGGUGCUAGGCAAGGAACAGGUAGUAUGCGCGAACAGGGACUAUAUUGCCGCAGCCUCUGCAACAUCUGCAGAAACUAUUUUGCUGCAACCUCUACAGCAUCUGCAGAAACUAUAUUGCGGACGCGUUUUUCCUCUUCACUACAGGGUAACGCUAACUUGUUGUCGCCAAUAAUGUAGCUCCGUCGACAUAACCAAAUUUUUGUGACUAGCGGACAAACUUUCCGAGUAUGCGAGUUUCUAAUCCGUCAGCAACAGGCUCGCUCUUCUAAAGCCUUUCGAACCCGUCCCGAUCCGAAAAUUCUUUCUUGACAGCCCUAGCAGUAAACAACUUUAGAUUUUGGCGUUGACAAAAUUGAAAAAAAAAGCUUAGAACGCAGUUUUGUUUGACACUGGCUUAACUCUGUUUUAAUAACCAACCCAUAAAGACUCAUUGUUCUUUGUUAGUAAAACGAUAAAGCUCUUUCUUUUAAAAUUACAUGACUCGGUCUGCUACUUAUAUGCUACGUUAUAAUUCACUAAAAUGGGGAGGGGUGGAGGGGAGAAGUCUCAGCCACGUUAACGUGAAGUAACAUUUUUCUGGAGUCGUUUUGCUUUGCUUCACUUGGUGCACACAGCGCAUGUCAGCUCUCGGCCAGCAACAUACGGUAGACAUGGCAACGAACCGCAUGAGCCUUCCACAAGGUACAACAGGGCGCCAUCUUUUCCGGCAUGGCUCCCGUGAACGAACUCCGCGUCUGCAUCAAUGCACACGAAAUCACCAGAUUUCUUGUGGUUGUAGUGCCAUGACAUCAAAUACCCAUGAUACUGCUCGGUCCAAUCAAAAGGACAGUCAUUCCUUGCGGGUAUCAUGAUCUGAGAGGCACGUGUCUUGAUGUAACACACUGCACAUGGCACGUCGUGAUCGUGAAGGCUGCCCUUGAAUGGAUUAAAAGAGCUGACCUCAUACUCAGUACCAUACAUGAAGGAGGUGGACUGAAAACCUUCCUUGUACUUGUCGUACUUUGGUUUGUUUGGCAGGCAAAGGUACUGACCACCACCACCGUAAUGGUUGUAGUAGCCGCUUCCAACAAAUCCUGAUUGACAGAAAAAAGUUUUAAGUUAUGAGAAAUUUUAACCUUUUAGGCAGUUGAACAUACACUUGUUGUGAACGGGUGCUCAGAGCGACUUUUAUCUCUUCUUUGGACCAGUUCCGACUGUAGCAACGGAAAUUCGAUCGUUUGCAGAAAGAAAAUUUGCAAAUCAUUUGCUCUUUUCUGAACGCUUCUCUGGUACUUUAAAAAAAUUACCUUUUUUGUGAUCUUUUGUUGCUAAGCUUUUUUUGAAAUAAUAGUAUGUCUCGUGGUGAACUAAACAACGCUAAAGAAAAACUGUACUUUAGGACACAUUAUAUCUUUGGUGAUAAAGUCUUUUAUUAAUAGGGUGCUGUAAAUAUUUUUCGUCAAACGUAUUGGCUACGUUUUCAAAAGUUCCUCCUGUAAAGGUGGAUUUCCACUGUGGCGUCAUUUUUACGUGCGUGUAUACACGUACAUUUUACGCGUGUUAGUAGAAUAGAGGCAAUGUCUCAAUGAAGGUCGUGUGUAAACGAAAAAGUGUCUACGUUCACGCGCGGCCUUUCAAACCACGCCUCUAUUUUGUUAACGCGCGUAAAAGUUAUGCGACCGUGGAAAUUCACCGUAAGACGCAAAUGCAGCACCCAGUCGUGACGAAUAACCCAAUUAGCCAUUGACAUUGUUUAACUGUAGGAGAUUUGUUUUUGUCUUUCAGCUUCUUUCAUCACUCUUAAAUAGUUGUAAAACUGCUUUGAGCCGGUGGGGUUUUUGCUUUUCAUUUCUAAAUGCUUGCUCCCCUAUUCUGGCUAUUACCUUCAUAAACUGUCUGAGUGUUGUUUGGACAGCUUCGUUUUCCCCAGUGUACAUACUUGACCCCGGGCCGUCCGUUUCCCUGUUCUCCCUGUUCGCCUUUAGGCCCUUGAGGUCCAUCCAAUCCAGGCCUUCCUACGUCACCUUUGUCACCUUUGGGACCCUGUGGGCCGGGAGAGGGCUUGUUGGUUCCAGGCAUGCCCGGGUCGCCUGUACGAUGCGCCAAGGAAUAAGAAAAAGUUUAGUAAAGUGACACCUGGUGGUAUACAUAACGUAACGCCUUCUGCUAAAUGUUUCUCACCUUCUGAAACUAUCAUCAUUUCCUCUUUCGCCAUAACGUAUAGCAGUCCAGUUUAUUUAAAUUUAUUUAUUUAUUUAUUUAUUUGUGAUUUAGGCGGUGUGAUUGUAUUUUCCAAGAAUAUGGCAGAUAUCUGUGUCUAUCAAUCUAGAUCUUAUAUAUAUUGAAAUGGGCGGAAUACUCUAACUCUAGUAAUAGUAACAGUAAGUCAAGCGUUCGCUGUGACUGCAAGGAGGAAGGCACUCUUUUUUCCUGGGCGAUUAUGAGACUGUGCAAUUUUGGAGGGUUUGCCUUGAUGUCUUGCACUAGGGCGUGACGGAUACCUGUAUGUUAAGAAUUCGAAUUAAUAUUCAAGUUAAGCAACUUUUAAAUUAGCGUAUCUUUAAUCCCUCGGGGACCUCUUUCUCCCGGCCCCCCAGGGUCGCCUUUUUUUCCGCGUGUUCCCGGGGUGCCUGCUUCACCGUCUUUUCCAGCGGGACCGCGUUCUCCACGGGGUCCAGGAGGCCCGGGUGGCCCGGGUGGUCCUGCGGGGCCUUCUCUGCCAUCACGACCAUCUCUUCCUUUAAGUUUGAAGAAGAAAUUUAAAAUGGAAAUCGUUUUAAAUCAAACAAAGUCAUGAAUACUAUUUGCAGAUUUGAACCUCCCGUAAACGUUGCUUAGAAUGCUUUAGUGAUCUGGUCCACAGGGGCUCGCUGCUCUUCAAUUUUAUCUUAACCCUUUAAACCCUAACAUGAAAAUUUAAAUUCUCAUUUGUUAUCCCUAUACGUUUUCAAUAGAAGUAGUGGGGAGAAUUUGUUGAAGUAUCAAUUAGAUUCAUCUUGUUUGAUCAUGUCCUUAAUUCUCAUGACAACUCUGUUUUAUUAAGCUGUGAUAUUACAAAGAGAAAUGUGACGCCCAUCACUAUUAGGGCUUAAAGUGUUCAUUAGUGCUUCGUGCUGCAACCUGUGUGCAGAGUCUCCUUUGUCUUCUUGUUUGUCAAGAAGGAGUGCCUGAAUUGGGUCAAGCCUUUGAAGUCGCUGAAGGCCGAACUUCUGGACUAGCCAAUCUUGUUUUCUCUCGUCAAACUGGUUUUGCGAGUGCGAGCAUCCGUUUAUUGAUAAACGGAUGGAUCUAACUGAGCCCACUGUACCAAGCACACGGCCAGUAGGCCUGGGUUUGAAACUGUAUCCUAGCAACAUGCAGCGCAUGAGCAACGAAGAUCUUACUCGAUUCUUGAACAGUCUUUCUUAAGUGCGCCAAAAUCGAGCAAGUGAAAGAAAGGCUCUGAUAGCAGGGUGUUUGUGCUAAAACAUUUACAACUAAAUUAAGUCGAAGAUUCUCCGUUUAUAUAACCAUUUGACCACCAGAGUGAAAAAUAAAGUUUCGUCAUGUUACUCUAACUUUUGAGUCCAGGACCAAAUCCUUUGGUGUGACUACUCAAAUGAAAUCUCGUUAGUAGUUUUUCACAUUGUGCUUCUUUUUUUUUUUUUCAUCAUUUUACAAACCACAUUGCAAAAUUGUUUCUGAAUGUUUAGUUUAGCUCCCUGGAAGGGUUAACGACUUAUAGUCGCUGGUAAUGUAUACCUCGAAGGAACGCUAGGAACCACCAGUCCUUGGGCGGAGUUGGAAGUGAAGUUGGUUCAUUAGCUUGGUCGAGCCUGUCAAUAAAAAUUAAAUUGAUUCGUUUUAGGACAAAGAAUGUAAGAGACAGUAAUAAAUAUGCGACAUUUGCCGAUAUUGAAUUAAGUUAGGUGGUCAUGAAUUGAUGACUUCAAUUUAUGCAGGGGCAAUGUUGGAAUGCAAAUUUAAUCACUUGGUUACUCCUGGAUUGUGAGGAAACAAAUGCACAAAUUCUUCGAGAUUUGGGAACUGAGUACCACUACAGGAACUAUCCCUUAAAGGGAACCUCCACUUCAACAAAAAGAUAACUUUAAGUCACAGGAAAUAACUGUUACAGUCAAGUCAAUCUAAAAUAUAUUUAAAGAAAGCGUUUGUAUCCGAAAGAAAUAACUUUUAGAUUCGCCUAUUUUUGUUUUCAAAUUUUGCGGGCGUCGCCAUCUUGAAUAAUUGUGACGUGUAAUGGUUGCCCUAUUGUUAUUAAACAAAAGCUCUUUGUGUCAGAACAAUAGAGCAACCGUAACACGUCACAAUUAUUAAAGAUGGCGGCGCCCGCGAAAUUUGAAAGUGAAAAUAAGCGAUUUUAAAAUUCACUUUUCCUGAUAUAAACACUUUUUUUAAGACAAAUUUCGAACAAAUUUGUUUAUCAACAUAAUUUUAUUCGAUUUAAACUUAUUCUGUAGUAAGAGUGGAGGUUCCCUUUAACGUCUCUCUUUAGAGAUUCGUCAAGUUAACCCUUUAAACCCUAAGAUCAAAAUUUGAAUUCUCAUUUGUUGCCCCCAUUCAUUUCCUACAGAAGUAGUGGGGAGAAGUUGAUAAAAUAUCAAGCACAUUCAUCUUAAGUGGUCAUGUCCAUAAUUCCCAUGACCACUCUGUUUUUCAAAGCAUUGAUGCUGAUCACUCUUAGGGCUUAAAGUGUUAAGGUUAAUUUGGAACUGACUUGUACUACAUUUGAUCUCCUUUAGCCUUCAUUGGUUUCUCCAGCUAUAGAUAUAUCUCGCAAACUGAACGAAAAACGUGGUACAAGUAUCGCCUUUAUAGGGGAAGAAAAAACGUUAUAACUUAUUGAAAAUAUGAAAGUAAAAUACCACCUUUAAAGUUACCUUUCUUUCUCGGCAUUGUUCAGACGGUUUUCCAAAUCUAAAUCUGCCAUCUCUAAUCGUGUAUCAUCCUGCAGAGAUCUUCUUUCACGGACGUUUCUCUGUAAUGAAUUGUUAGUGUUUGGCUUUCCACGCCUCUGCAAUCUGUCCAACCUCUCUUCCAGCAUGGAAAUGCGCUGAUUCACGAGAAAGUAGUUGAAUAGCAGAAAUAUGCCACAAACCACGCACGCUGUUACACCACACAGGACUGUCAUACGAGCACUAGAACCUGUUUGCCUCUUCUGCGCGAUUUUCGCGUCCAUUGCCGUUUAACUCAAAUAAACACGGUUUCGGUGUCUUUACAACUGUGGGCAACGUGAUGCAACCCCUUAGUGGGCGCUGUCUUCGAUUCCGAUGAGCUUUUACCAUUAUGCACUUAGCAUUUUAAGGACGUUUUUGACGAGAUAAAGAUUUGUAAGACACCUCAGUUAUCUAGAGAACCUUAUAUUUUGUCGUCAAUGCCGAUAUCAACUGAAAUAUUGAUAAUUUUUCACGGUCAAUUCUGAUAAAGUUGCGUCGAUUGCGUUUUGCGGUUGACUUCAUAAAGAUGGUUACACGCGAGGUAAAUUUUGACGAAAGAAAGGCUUUCCAUAUAACACGCGAGGUAAAUUUUGACGAAAGCAAGCCUUGCCAUAUAAACACCAAUGCCAGUAGCUUAAAAGAGUCUUUGUCUGUUGUUUUCUAAGUAUUUUGUCUUGUUUUGGUUCGGUCUGCUCUUUCUCUAGUUGUUUUAAUAUAUCCGUUUGUAGCUUAAAAUAUCAGUAAGCCUAGAUCUUAAGGGGGUACGACAGAGGAUCGUUAUCAGGAGAAACUGAUAUUUUGUUUAAAACAAAAUUAGAACCGACGUUGCAGCUCUUUUUCAUUAUGACACUUCUAGUAAUGAAAUGUUGGUAGGGUUUAAUGAAGUGAAUAGGUGCCAAUCGAUACCAAAUUCAUUUACAGAGCUAUUUUACUAUGUCACCUUCAGUCAAAUUUUUUAAAAAAAUAUACGUGUCAAAUUUCUAUAAUUUGAAAAAUUCUGAACAACAAAACUCCGUACAAAAGUAGUGCUAUAGAGAUUUUAUUUGAAGGAUAACUCUCAUACGCAGACUUAGCCAUUAGAACCAGUUGACAACUUAAUAGAUAGUACUUGUGAAAGUACUGCUAAAUAGGUUUCGUUUGAAUGUUCACACCUUAGAAUUUGGUCCACAGACUCAUAAACAUUUUAAAUAGUAUUAAAAAGCACUGCUGAAAAGUUUUCGUCAAGAACAAUAAACAGUAUCAUGUGAAAGUACUGCUGAAGAGGUUUCUUAAGUGAAUGGCCACACCAUAUUUUUCGCUCUCAGAUUCAAAAGUAAGAACCGCCUAACUCAUCUUUCCAGUGAAACGCUUUCAACCGUACGGACUUUCAAGAACAACAGUUUUUCAGUGUUUGUCCGAGCAUGAGGUCAGAAGAGUAAGAUAACUUAAAGAAAAAAAAUAUAAAAUAAAACCAAGCAAACAAUAUUUACUACUGACGUUUGAGUAAGCACCAAUACCAUUUCUGUCUCAAAAUUUGCAUUUCGCUCUGCGUGUAUUUGCAUCGAGCACUCCUGUGAACACGCGAAGCAACACAUUAUUAUAUUUGUUUCUUUGUUAAUUCUAUUUUCUCCCUUUUUUCGCCUUAGUUGCCUUAUGUUAGUAUUGAUUUUGAUCGAUGGGAGGUCUGGUCAUCAUCCGACGAAGACGAGGAGGCUGAAGGCGCUCGCCAAGCUCCGACAAACCUGAACAACACCCGACGUCAGUUCAAAGAUAAAGAAGAAAGCAAACAAGUGUUCCUUCCCGAGAUGCUGAAUAGUGAUUCUAGUUUAGAUUCUGACGAGGAAGAAAGAAUUCCUUCUGAUGUAGAUUGCCUAAACUUCUACUGAAGAGUUUAACAAAGGUGAUGGAGGCUUAGAAAGAGAAAUAAGGACAAAAGCCGCCUUCUGUAGGCUUGUCAUCGAAGCUCGCCAGCAGUAGUAAAGAUGAAGUUCCCAAGGCUGUUACUGAACAGUGGUUUUAGUCAAGAUGCUUUUAUUUUAUCAACCUUUGCUCUCUCACAAGAGCACAAAAAAGGAAAACGGAAAACACAAGGAAAACACACCACGCUACGUACAUGCAUUUUACAAGUGUCACCUUGAAUUCUCUAGCGUUCAAAACCUGUCGGCUUUUUUAAUCUAAAUCUUGAUAUUCGUGCCAGACUGUAGAGAGACGCAAAAGUAUGUAUAUAUUGGGAUUUGGUGCACCCUUGGACACCGCAACAAUACGUUUGAAUCCCUGUUCAGAACGAAUUCGAUAUACGGAACUGGCAUUCUGUCCCUGCUGUCACGAAGCUCUUCGAAAACCGUCCUAUGUCAUUCGUUCUUCUUGGCACGAAGCUCUGCGGUUUCUGAGGGCUGGGGUUAUUGUUUCUAUUGCUUAUCAUCCAAUACAGUUCUGUUAGCUGUUCAAAGAGGUUCGAGGCAGUUCCUCUGUCUGGUUAAGAUUUAUGGGAAAAAUGCUGCUGCGGUUUAGAGACUCUAUGUUUCCGUCUGCGUUCCCUGAGUUAAGGUUUAAACAUGCAUUACCAGUCGUGAAUCUUACAAGGCCAAAUGUCAGUAAGAGUUUAUAUGUGGCCGCCCGCAAGAAUGUUUCUUUUUUGUCAAAAAUCAGCAGUCGAUUAAAUAAUGCUGUCAGAGCUGAUAUGAAUCGGAAUAAGACAAUAUAUUUAGUAACAGAUUUGGUUAGG